GAUUUAUGUUCAAGAUUAGAGUCUUUAAAGGUCUUUUUAAUAUAAAAAUUUGCUUGGUUUGAAUUCUAUAAAAGUGGGUCGCGACUUAAGGGCCAUGGGAAAAUGUGGGUCCCAGAGUGAGACUAGUUGAGAACUACUGACUUAAUGUGUUUAUAUUCCUGACUGUAUGAGAAAAAUUAGAUACAUUGACAUUGACACUGAACUAACAUUGAACUAUAAUUGUUUUAUAAAUGAAUAGGAAAGUAUUGAAUGGGCUCAAUGAUAGCUGCUAGAAUAGAUAGCUGCUCCUGUACUGUUAUUACUGCACAUUAUAACACACUUGUUUCCUAAGAAAAGUGGCGCCCAGUGGUGUUGGAAUGUGAGGUGUCAAAAACGGAUGGCCUCUUUAUAGAGCAGCCUCUGCCAUCAGUGUGUGAAUGUGGUGUAAAAGCACUUUGAGUGGUCUACUUUGACCUGGUAAAUAUUCAUAUCUACUUUUAUCUAGUUAUGAUGACUUAAUGUCUUCCUUACUUAACUUUAUAUCAAUUCAUGCUCACCUCUGUAUACUAGGGCUGUCCCAAUACGAUAUUAAUAUUGGAUAUCGGUCCGAUAUCAGCCAAAAAACAAAUAUCGGAUCAUAUCGGCCUACAUCUAAAAUCUCGGAUAUCAGCACUCCGAUACAAGCAGUCCAUUCCAGACUCCACUCCGGCACAUUUAACUAACAGCGCCCGGAUCCAGCAUGCAGAGUCCACAUGAUCACAACAACAGUGUGUACUAAGGUACUUACAAAGUACCAAAGAGUAGGAGUGAUGUCGGGCGUGUGGCAGUAUUUUUCGUUAAAGUACGAAAAAGACGUCACAGCUGAGUGCAAAACUUGUCAUGCACAAAUUUGUGCCAAUAUCGGAUCAAUAUCGGUAUCUGCCGAUACUGAGGGCUACAAUAUCGGUAUCAUAUCAGAAGUAAAAAAGUUGUAUCAGUACACCCUUAUUGUAUACUUUAACAUUUUGUGUAAAGUUCAUCACUAAUGUGGACUUAAACUACACAACAAAACUAAGAGUCAAUUUAUAUGAACUUUUUUACAAAAUCUGUAUUUAUUUAUUUUUUUUAAGUACUUUUAAUUCACUUUAUUCAAAUCACUUUACAUCAACUUUACACAAAUUAGUUUUGUUUUUCAAUUAAACAAAUUUAUAUGAACUAAAAUACCCUUGACAGGAAUAUAUGUCUUUUUUUUUUUACUUAUAUGGAUAUUUUUGAGAAAGACAAAGUUUGCUAUAAGGACUUAGUAGAAAAGUAUUCAAUAAAUUCAGAUUUGGAUAAGAAAUAAAUAAAGCUUUUAUGUCCUUGAUUUAAAAUACUCUUUUGUUAAAGAAAAAGAAGUGUUUGACACACAUUAAGUCAAAGCUAAUCACACAGAGUCAAAAUGACCCUUUUUAAGAGCUCAGUCUUACUCUGUGGUAGGUAGGCCUAGUUUUUUUUAUAUGCCAGGUUGAAGCCCUGGCCUUUAUUUUGAAAAGCCUCACCGGAAGCAGGGUGCGGGUGGUGAUUGAUAACUGAUCUGCGUGGACUCCACACAUAGGAGACGAAGCAGCGGGGUAGUCUUCAUCAGUCAGCGGAGGUCUUCCGCAGCUGAGCCCGCCUCUCUCCUCCUCCGUCCCGACCCGGCUCUCUCAUGGUCCCGGCUGUUCCCGCACACUCCCACCGUGCCCAAACCCCCCCGCACACACACUCUGGACCUCUCAGUUCCUCCCCGGUGGUGCUCCAACCCUCCGUGUGAGAAUGACGGGCGGCCGCUUCGACUUUGACGAUGGGGGGACGUACUGCGGGGGCUGGGAGGACGGGAAAGCACACGGACACGGCGUAUGCACCGGACCCAAGGGCCAGGGAGAGUACUCCGGCUCCUGGUCUAAUGGCUUCGAAGUCGUGGGAGUCUACACCUGGCCCAGCGGGAACCUGUUCCAGGGAUACUGGGGUCAGGGGAAGAGGCACGGACUCGGAGUGGAGACGAAGGGGAGGUGGAUUUACCGGGGGGAGUGGGCCCACGGGUUCAAGGGUCGCUACGGGGUCCGACAGAGCCUGAACACACCGGCCAGGUACGAGGGCACCUGGAGCAACGGACUGCAGGACGGCUACGGCGUGGAGACGUACGGGGAUGGAGGUGAGGGGGCGGGGCGCGGUGAUGUCAGACUGUUGGAAAGUUUUCAAGUUUUUUUAAUUAAGAGUAGAUUUAUUUGUUUAUCAUAGAGAGAUGAUAUUGUGCUCUCCCCUAACCUAUAAAUACACCUGAAGUUGAAAUGUUGGAUGUCCACUUAAGUGUUCAGACUGUAAGGCAGUGAUUUUCAACUGGUGGGUCCCGACCCAAAAGUGGGUAGCAGACACGUUCUGGAUGGGUCACGAACGGCCGGUCAAAAAAGUAAAUAUUUAAUGCGAUAUUUAUUAGAGAUUUGAUUUUUUUUUUUUGGUUCAAGUAACUUCAGUAGUUGUCGUCCUCAUGUUGUCCCCUUCAUGUGCUCUGAAAUGCACUUUACUCAAUAAAACAAGUGGAUUUAUGUUAAAGUUUAGAGUCUUUAAAGGUUUUUUAAUAUAAAAAUUAAAUUUGCUUGGUUUGUAUUCUAUAAAAGUGGGUCGCGACUUAAGGACCAUGGGAAAAUGUUGGUCCCAGAGUGAGACUAGUUGAGAACCACUGCUGUAAGGUAAGGGUGUGUUGAUCUAAUCCCAGGAUGAGACUGCCGGCUGCUCUUUAAAAAGUCACAACAGAAAUCAGAGAUUUGAUCAAACCACUGGUGAAUCUCCUAAUUAGGGCAUGAUAAAUGUGACACCUGUUUUUUUUUUGUCACUGAGGACUUCCUGUCCUGUCAAACUCUCAUCGGGGUCAGAUUUGGGGUCAAAACAUACGACCAUAUUUCAUCAUUUGUCAUUUUAAAUAGACAAAUGCUGGUUAACUCAGGCUUUGAUCCAGCAUCAAUACAGGAAUGGUCUAAAACACCCAGUAGUAUGCCAGACAUGUAGGUGGUGAUACAGUGUAAGCAGUGUGUCAUAUCAAACACCAUCGAAGAACACUGUGAACAAGCAUCAUUAGUAAACAGUGUCUUAAUAGCUGUGGACGCAGUAAUGAUUUCAAACUACUGAACAUUAUUUACACUCCCCUCACCAGGGUAUAAUGGGGUCUUACUGAACAAGUACUGAAACAGUGUAGUUGAACCUUGAGCCCACCAUCUUUAUGCAUGUAAUAUACAUAAUAUACAUGUAAACAACAAGGGCAGCAUUUUUGAAGAACUUUUCAUUUUGCUGUUCAAACAAACUCUGAAAUGACUCGUUUUUUUCUUUGAAAUCUCCACCUCACAAUGUUAGGUCAUAUUCAGUAGUGACUCAAAGCUCUGUUUUCUGUUGACAAAGAGCCGCCAUUAGAGGAAAAAAAAAACAAAAAAAAAACUUUGUUCCAGAAUCCUGGGUCCCAGAGUGUGUUGGAUUCUGGCGUGCUGGGUCUGAAGUGCUGAAGUGUCUUAGGCAAUGUUCACACAGCAGGUCAAUUCCGAUUUUUAACCAUAUGUAACACAUAUCUGAUUUUUUUAUAUAAGUGUGAACGGUGCAAUUCUGAUUUUUUCGAAUCUGACCCAGGCCUCUUUUGUAUGUGGACAUAAAUCGGAUAUGUAUCCAAUGUGACUGCAGUGUGGACGCCAGUGUUGUUUUCGUUAACGAUGACGAAAAUAUUUCGUCAACGUCAUCGUCAACGUCAUCGUCAAUGAAAACAACACUGCAGAAUAUAUGUUUAACGUUUGACUGACGAAAUGCUCAUGAAUUUUGCAACUCUGUUCUUCAUCCUCCGCUAACGUUUUUGUCUAGCCUCGUCUUGUCAACGUGAACGCACAUCCGCUCGUCACAUGACAUUUAGUCAUGGAAAAAAAGGGCAUUGACGAAAUAUUUUCGUCAACGAAAACAACACUGGUGGACGCUCAGGUAGCGUUCAUCCGACCUAUACGUCGUCAAUAUGCAACAAACGUCACCAUUGUUCGACAACACAAACAGGCACGGAAAGCAAUUUGUGCUUUGUGCGCAUGCGGGUCAAUUCACGAAUGCAUUCUGUUCACAAAAGAUGCCGCAUUCGUUGUUGUAAUGUGAACGACCGCACAAAAAGAUCGGAAUUAACAAAAAAUCCGAAUAGUGCAUCAUAACCUGCAGCGUGAACCUAGCCGUAAAGUAGCUGAAAUAAAGCGUCUCAGAUUAGGGUUUUUUAAAGACUCUAGGACAGUUUUUGUAAAAGUUUUUUUCUUCUUUUUUUUAUUUAGCUAAAAAUGAACUCAAGCUGCUAACAGAGCUUUCAGGGGGCUAAUAUAAACCUGAACACAAGCAGGAAACACCCUCUUUACAUGUUGUUCUUUGUGUCCACACUCAGUGAUACAAAGAUAAAUGUGCAUUUUCGAAUGUGAUCUGCACUUUGUGGUUGGUGUGUGUUCAGGAACUUCAGUAACAUUUGAGCUGAGAUCUGGUUCACCUUGCUGCUCCGUGAAGGUAAAACACACUCUGACAGGUGUUCUCCUAGAAGCACCUGUUACCUGAGGUAACUGGAUUAGCUGAGUGCUGACAUGAACACAGACAGCUCAGAGCUAACAUGCAGUCUGCUGCCUGUCUUUGAUUUAUUACAGUCAUCUCCAUGUAUGUGGCUGGCUGUUUAUGGGGUAUUUCUCAGGUUCAGGACUAUUUUAAUGAUGCGUCAUGAAGCUAACAGGAACUUAGCUGCAGUUUGUCAGUGUACAUGAUAGAGACACAGAGCCUGUUAUCAGCUAAAAGGAUAAAUGAAUUAAAAUACUUUUAUUCACAUAAGACAUGUGAGUUCAAACAUUAUGAAAUAAGAGGGUGUUAUGAAAUCAGAGAGAUGUUAUGAAAGCAAAGUUACAUAAUGAAAUAUAAAAGACACAUUAUUGAACCAAAAUGAUACACUGAAAACAAAUUGGCAUAAAAUAGAUUGUGAAAUCAUGAAAAACUCGCUGCAGUAUAAUAAGAAAUGAUCUUUUGUGAUAAAAGUAAUAUAAUUAAAAAAGAAUUUAUGACAGAGACACCACAUUGUGAAACGAAUGUGAGAUCUUUUAUAUCAAAUGGAAACUAUGUAGUGGAAAAGUGAACAAAAAUAAAAGUGCAACUGUCAACAUGAAAGGACAUAUUUGAAAAUAGAAUUGAUGUUAAAAACUGAAUUGUUAGUCUGAAACAUUAACUUUACAAAAAGGUAACACAAUGGAGUACAGUCCCAGUUUAGAUGUUUUGUAAAAUUUAGAUAAAGAUAACAUUUGAUGGUUUCCAAAUCAUUUCAAGUCCAAUUGAAAAUAUCCUAAAGACAAUAUUUCAAAUGCUGAAACAGAUUUUUCCUUUUGGUUUAUUUAAAAUAUUUGCUCACUUUCAACCUGAUUCCAGUGUCAUGUUUACGUCACUGUGCUUCAUCAGCUCUUUUUUUUUCCAUCACUCUUUAAACGUUAGUGAACCCAGCAGACCAGAUCCUGGAGUUUGAAAGUCAAAUGUUGUCCCAUUCUUGCCUGAUUUCUGAAUUUCUGCUGCUCAACAGUUCAGAGUCUCCUUUGUCGUAUUUUUGGUGUCAUGAUGCUCCAAAUAUGUUCAAUGGGGGACGAGUCAAGACUACAAUCAGUUCAGUUUCUCAGCAGGACUCUUCUACUACAGAGCCAUGCUGUUGUAAUCCCUGUUGUCAGUAUGCGGUUUGUAGAUAUUGUUCAGCAUUAUGGAACCUUCACAGACGUGUAAGAUACCCAUGACAUGGACUCUGAUGAUACCGAAACUAGGGCCCGACCGAUUUAUCGGCGAACCGAUUAAAUCGCACAGUUUUAGCCUGUUUGAGACUAAUCGAUAAUCAGCCAAAACUUGCAGAUAUUUUCAGAAAUAAAAUGCGGAGAAUAAGAUUUAGUUUCACUCUGAAAAUGUUCCACCAUUUGAAAAGAUCCCCCCGAUUUAUCCUGUAGCUGGCGCAGCGACCUCAUGACAAUCUUCAUCCACUAACUACCUCAUAGCACAGCAGAGUGACGGAUCUGAAGCAGGCAGCUCAGGGACGCACGGAGGAGAGUGGUCCGCCUCAACGGUAAAUAAACCAGUUUGUGAAAUACACAAUAAGUCAACAAGUUUCAGUUCUACCCACUUCACGAUGUUCCCCGCUGUGCUGGUCUCGGUCACGCCGAGUUAAUGGUGAAGCACCAUGUAAUAUGCAAGCUAAAGUUAGAGUGAGCCACCUGCUAUUAGCCUUGCUACAUUGUUAGCCGUGCCAGUAACAGUAGAAUGAACAACAGUACACAUUACAUGAUCUAGCUACUUCUCUUACUGAGGCAGCUGCAUGUCUCCAGAUGAGACUGGAAAUGAGUAACGCAAGUUAAAACGCGGAGGCACCGAUCUGGUCUGAGUUUAAUUUAUGAUAAAUUCAUAAAAAAUAUGUGGAAUAUUACUGAGAUGUGUUUAAAAGGCUCAAACGCAGCCAUUUGUUUUAAAAAAAGUAAAUACGUAGAUAUAUUACUUAAAUAAACUUCAUAAAGAAUUUAAAAAAUCGGCCGAUAAAUCAGUAAUCGGAUCCCCUCCCCAGGUCCAGAGAAGUCUAUGGUGUUUCUGGAUCAUGUUUAUAUCUAGUUUCCUCUUUCAUGGUUUAGUUUUACCCUCAUUUGUGGAUGCAGUGAUGAACUGUGUUUGACACUCAGGAACAUUAUUCUGAAACUCUUCAACUAUUAGCUCACUCAGUUUCACACAAAGUGGUGAAACUCUUCCCAUCAUUGUUUCUGAGAGACUCAGCCUCUCUCAAAGUCCUUUUUUAUACCCAGUCAUGUCAAUAACCUGUUGGAAAUGAACCUUAUUGGUUGGAGAUGUUUCUCCAGCUGUUAUAGAGUUACAAAACUUUUUACCUCUUUGGUUGUUUCUCAAACAAUUAUUUUCAAACAUGUUGUCAGAAUCAAAUUUAAAUGAGCAAGAGAUUUUUCAUAAACCAAUCACAUUUUUACUAUAUUAUUUGAUGUUGCCUUCUGAGUUUUUUAGAUUAUAUAAAGGCUUUCAAGGAUAUAAAUCAUCAACAUUUUAUGGCAUAUAAUACAAAUAAUGUGUAAAAAAAAAAAAAAAAACUUCUGCUUUUACCAGAUCACUAAAGGUCCUUUCACACCAGGACUGUUUUUGUCAUGCAAUUAUUUUGGACGUCAAUAUAUUUUUUAAAACCCGUAUCCUGUCAAUACAAGCGUUCACAUCAGUGACGUUUUCUCAUCCUGCGAUAUUGCAGCAUUUAUUUUUUCAGAUCAUAGUCAAUUUUUCUAAAGUUUCGCAACAACAUUGCGACGUCUGAUCCACCGGUAUAUCCAACAUGGCCGACCGACUGAUUGUUUACAUGUCGGAGAACAGAGUGCUUUUUGAUAAAAACACAAAUAUUACAAAGAUAACAACUUGUGAAGGACAACUUGUGGGGAGUCAUAGCGUCGGAUUUCUCAUAUGCCGAUAGUUUGUGUGCUUUAACAGUUUGCUAAACGUCUUUGUUUUAACUUUCAUCUGUGCUAGCGUAUGCUAACGGUUGUUACCAUAGUUUCAUGUGCUUAUCUUAUCGCCUCUGAUUGGCUAUAAGUUCUGACCGUUUGGCUUGAGCGUGUGACGUGUCCACAGGCGGGACUUUCCCCAGGAAGAGUCCUUCCUUCCCUGCCCCCCCCCCAAGAAUCGCAUCGGGCUUCAUGUGUAUAGUCAGGCCCGUCAAAAUUCACCUCAGAAUAUUUUGUAAUUUCGCGUGCUAUAUUUACAUCGGCCCCGUGUGUGUGAGGACCUUAACACAAAUAUCUACACUUCUACUAUACUAAACCAUUAAGUGUUUUUGUUUAUCUUAGAAUUCAUUUGAAAUUAAAGGUGGAAUUGUGAAAAAAAAUGCAUAUGAAAAUGAAACAUGAUGACAGAAAACAUGAGUGGGUUCCAUUGUAUGUUUAUGUGAAGUUACAACAUGAAAGCAAUUUUAUAGGGAAGCAUGAAAUCAAAGGAGACAAGAGGAGAUACAAAUAAACAUGUUCAUGAAGGGAAGUCAUAAAAUAGAAGCAGAUUUCUUUAUCCAGCUGAGUUUAAUUUAAAUAUAUAUAUAUAUAUAUAUAUAUAUAUAUAUAAAUAAAAACACUUGAUGAAAAUAAUUGACUUUAUUUAAGGAGUUGUCAGAAAUGUAAUGCUGAGGUUAUUUAUUGGAUAAUAAUCUGAUAUCAGACAGUAAGGAGUCUCAGAGUGAAUACCUGUUGAUAGUGAGUAUAUUUAGAGGUGACGUUUGUUGUUUCUGUGUAGACAUCAGCAUUGAGUGUAGGCUUUGUGUCGUAAAGUUUGUCAUAUUUAUGUACAGUCAUACCUGAGUCUGUGUCCCUUCACAGUGAAGGUGAUAUCUGAGGAACACCUGUCAGCAACAGCUGUAAAUCUGACACUAACGUCCACUCAAACUACGACAUGACUGAUAAUACUCCAGAGGUCAGAGGUCAAAGGUCACUGCGGCCCCACAGAGCAGAAACUCAAAGCUAAAAUGGAUCCUAAGCUUGGACCUACUGUGAGGAAAAUUAGAUAAGAUGCGAUGGAAGAAUCAGAGUCUGGCUGCAGAAAUUUGGCCCAGGACCGUCACCUUCUAUCAAAAAAAAAAAAUCACUACCAAAUUAACAGGAAGAAAGAUGCAAAAACAACAUCCAAGUAAAAAAAAAAACAAACAUUAGAAAAAAGUUCCUGCUGUCUGUGAAAACUCAGAAAUAUAGCAUGUUUGCUUUCUCUCUGUAAUUACUGAGUAUUGUUAAUUCUGUUGGAUGAUGAUAACAAAACCACAGCCGUCAAUGUCCUUGGCGGUUUUUAUUUUGUGGCUGGAUAUUCAUCUUUUUUUUUUUAAAUGAAAAAUCAUUAAAAAAUAAUGUCAUGAUGUAUAUUUAGUGAUGUUGAAACUUGUCGGAGUGUUUUUGUCCCUCAGCUCUGUCUGUUAGUUUGUUGUCUCAGUGCUCAGAAUGGGUCCUGUUUAAUCUUAGUCUGAGGAACAAAUUGUAACUUGAAGAAGGAUUCAGUCCCCCCCAGGCAGUCCCAUAUUUGUCCCCCUAAGCCCCCUGCAGCUCUGCAGUGCUCAAAGAUGUGUGUAUGUGUGUGUGUGUGUGUGUGUGUGUGUGUGUGUGUGGGUGGGUGGGUAGGUGGGUGUGUGUGUGCGUGUGCGUGUGUGUUUGGGACACUUAUUGGUUAGACAGAGGCUGUAGAGGUUGAUCAUGACUGCUGAUACACGAAUCAUUCAUUGUGAAAUUGCUCCCUAAAAGAUUAAUCUGGAAAUAAAAUUGUACGUAAAAGUUCGGCAGAAUGUUGUUGUGCAGCAGGGAAGGGUUGUAGAUCUACUUUUACUCUGCUGGUUACAUGAAACCAGUCCUCCCUCCAGUCUCAGGCCUCUCUCUAUAUUUAGCCUUGCUCUGCACCUUAAUGUGGCUGGAAUUAAUCCAUCUCAGCACGUCAGUCCUAACCAGAGACCAGGCCAGAGAGAUUCUGUCAGAGUGGACUACAGUUGGGACUUGUUCCUGUCUGAGCUGAAGAUCUACACCUGUUGUUAUCACACCUUUUUAGAGCUGAGUUUCAACAAGUUUUCUUUUUUCUUUUUUAGCUACUGUGCCCCAGAGAAUCAACUGCUCGAAUCUUUCAUGACGCAAAAAAAGUUUAAUUGAACUCAAAACACCAAAUGUCACCAGAUGCAAAAAUGUAUCAAAAAUCCUCAAACCAUUUCAGAGAAUCCCAAACCAAAAAGGUUCUUACACACCAGGGCCGACGCAUAUAUAGAACGUGAAACUACGAAAUAAUCAGAGGUGAAUUUUGACACGCCUAACUAUGCACAUCAAGCCUGAUGCGAUUUUGCGACUUUCGGGGGGGAAGACACGUCAGCAGACUGAGUGUUUUUCAGUUCUGAUUAGACACUAGUGUUGAGAUGGCUGUCUGUCAUGAUAGCAUGUACUGAGUCGGGGCCAGUACCAGAUAAGCACAUGAAACUAUAAUCCAUAAACGUAAACCAAGACCUAAUGGUGCUGUGACAGCAAACUGAUAAACCUGAUGAAACAAAAUAUUACAAAAUUUACAAAACCACCAAAAUAUUGCUCACCUGUCCCCAAAGGGUUACCUCCCUAUUCCCUCUGUUUCUCCUUCUUUGUCCAGCCUGCAGUCCAUCAGUCAGAGUUCAGGGCAACAUGUAAGAAGUCAGACAGGCUUUGUGUUUCUGCAGCUCAUAUUUGAAGUAUAUUUUCGAAAGGUUCUCAGGACUUCCGGUGUUGACGCUGAAGCGAAUGGUAGCCUAAACACCCAGCUCCCAGCCGGUUGAAUAUUUAUCCCCUUUGAAGAACAAUAGAUUUAACAACUGCCCUGAAACCGAUAAUGAAAGAGGAUAGGCAAAAAAAAGACUAAAUGUAGACAGGGCUGAAGAAGUGAUAGAGGAGAGGCAGUCGAAGAAAAACACGACAGCGAUGAGGAAAGCUAUGAGACAAAUGGCGGCGCUGAUGAGGAAGAAGCUGAACCCGUCAUGCGGGCCAUCUACAACGAGAUCCGCACCCUCAGGUCGGAUGUUAAAAGUGAAAUGAGUGAAUUUCGACUUGCCUUUCGUAACGACAUGAAGAAAAGGUUGAAUGAGUUUAGAGGAGAAAUCAACCGGAAACUCCAGGAAGCUACAGGUGAGCUACAAGCCACCAUUACAAGAGUGUGUGAGGCCGAACAGGGCAUAUCUGACAUUGAAGACUGGGACAUAGCAGCGAAGGAGCUUAAUUUGAGGAGAGGUUUAUAAUUUGUUUGAUAUAUUUUUAGAUGUUUUGAAGUAAAUCUGUGUUUAGUGAACGUGCACAUGCUUCCACAUAAGAAGUGCUGAUGGUUUCCCUCCUGUAAAGGUCAUCAAUGUCAUCUGUUUUCUACCUGGCUCAACAGGAGGUUACACUGAAAGGCCACUGACCAAAGGCUCAAACCAGCACCCUGUUGUGGUGUGAGGUAACACUGAUAACCAUGAGAUGCCCUCUGACAUUGAUGGACACAAGAAUAGAGGGACUGAUGAAGGGCUGAUGGGGUUUUCCAUUGUUCCCCAUCUUUGGCUGACUGUAAAGACCUGCUUGGAAGUAUUAUUAUUAUUAUUAUUAUUAUUAUUUACCUGAGGGAACUUUCCCAAAAUGAUCAUUAAAGUUCUAUCUUAUCUGAUCUAAUUUUUCCAGAGCAGAGCUUCUCAGAGUGUCAGUUUGGUCUCAGUUUUUUUUCCUUUGUCACUUUGUUCAUGAUCAGUCCAACUGGAGAAACACGUGAACAUGAAGCAGUGGACUUCAGGAAGCUUGGGGUUUUUUUUGGAUCAUUUUUUCAACAUGAUGUAGACACAAACACUUCAGGAUUUUCUAUAAUGAUCGACAGUGAGGUGUACUCUCUCUGACUGCUGUCAGGUUUUCUGUCUGCAGGUUUUGAAACUCUCUGGUUGAGUUUGGUGUUUCCAGAGAGGAGACGGCUCUCCGCGCAUAGCAAGAUCUCUGCUGCAGUUAUGUUUGGACAUCCAGCAGACUUCCCAGUAUCUCAAGUUACCUCCAUCUUUUAAAAUAGCGCAUCCUCACAUUCUCCAGCUGAAGGCACCGGGGCUCCUAAGCAGGCCACAAAGCUAACUGUUUUAUCACCGCGGCUGCUCCUAUAUCCACUAAUGAGUCCAAAUAUGUCUGGGCUGUCAUGAUACCUGCAGACUGCAGCUCACAGGUGUCAGGCUGAGGCUGGUUGAACUGCUGCAAGCUGCUACACUUCUCCAGCAUGCUCCGAGGAUGUUUGAUUUCAGCAAAUAAAACUAUCGUCCAGGUUAUUUCUGCUGCAUAAUCUCAAAGAAUGAGCUAAACAAAGCUGUGCGGGAAAAGGACCUUGGUGCAGGAUUUGAAGAAGAUAUGAACAGGUCUUACAGGGUAUCCUAGAUCAUCUUCAUUAAACUACAUACAGACACAACAGGGCUGAUGUGGACAUAUCACCUUUGGACAGCUAAAACAACUUGAUUUAGGUGUACCAGUGUCUGAGCUGGGUGAAACUAAACAAAAAUGUUUUCAUAUCAGGCAAUAUUAAUAAUGAUCACAACUCAUGUCUUAUCAAUAUUUCAGUCAAUACUGAUAACUUUGUAUGCAGUUAUGAAUGUUUGUUAAUGCUCAGAUAAUCACGAGUUCAUGUGUGACUCAUUAAAGCAUGAAUGAUUAACAUGUCAUCUUUCAAUUAUGAUGAUGAAUUUUAUGCUGUUAAUUCCUGUGUUCUUUUUCAUGGUGCUAGAUAGUGUUGAGAUAGUGAGAGAGAGCAGAUGUCUGCUGCAUCUCUCUGAAUCAGUGUGUACUUGUCUGCGCUAGCUAAGAGGAAAGUCAGAGCACAUCCGUUUGGGUGCAUUUCCAUGUAUUCACCAGUGUGUCGUGCAGAGUUUGUUUGCGGAGUUUGGUGUCCAAAAGACUGCUUGGCAUAGUUUUGACGAAAAAGAAACAGCUUCACUGGUGGUGGUCAUGGCGGAUGCUAAGAUUAGUGGCAGUACCGAGCAAACGGAGGCAGUCCGACCCACCCAACAUGAGGAAGAGGAGGAGGAACUCAUUCCAAAAAAGGGCCAAAAGAUCAGUGGCGCACCUGCUGCACCAAAAACUAAAGCUGCAACAGCUCAUCUUAUACAGAAGAGCUUGGCAGAGUCUUUCACCAAAGGUACACCAUAUGAUAAAAAAAUGAUCUGGCAUUUUGUUUGCAUUUGUUUACAAAUCAGAGUUUAAAAAUAAAAGGAAAAUGAACAAAUGCGACAGUAUGGUUAUUUUUCAAGCGAUUCGUUGAAUUUACAGGGGGGAAAAACAUACCAUGAUAUGAAAUCACUCAUACCGUAAGAUUUUGUUCAUACCGCCCAACACUUGAACUCGGGCUGAAACCAUUCCUCGAGUACCUUGAUUACACAAGAUGAUUGAGGAAUUUACUUUGCCUUGAGUAUUUAUUUAUAAGUUCAAAUCGUCACUGUUUCGCACAAAUUAUUUUCAAGGUGAUGCAGCGAGCUAACAUCACUACGUUAGAGGGAGGAGUAAACGUGGUUUUGGUUUUGCAGAGUGGAAAAAAAUAAAUAAUGAGAGGAGCUUUUAUUCUGCAGAACUCCAGUAGCUCAUUAGCAAUUCGCCUUUGAAGGGCCUUCCACACUGGGCACAAGGCAAAUAUAUGACGAGAAAUUACAAAAUAUUCUGAGGUGAAUUUUGAAGCACCUGACUACACAUCAAGCCCGAUGCAAUUUUUCGACUUUCUGGGGGAAAAAAAGACGCAUCCCAGGUGGAAGCGAGAAGACUGACACAACAGCAGACUGACUGUUUUCAGUUCUGAUUAGACACUAGUGUUGAGAUGUCUGUCUGUCAUGAUAGCAUGUACUGAGUCGGGGCCAGUACCAGAUAAGCACAUUAAACUAUAACCCAUAAACAUAGGGUAACAACCGAGACCUAAUGGUGCUGUGACAGCAACGCGAUUGAGUUUGAGACAGUGAAAAUACAUAUGGUAUGUUGUAUCUGAACAGGUUAGCUUACGAGCUAAAGUUACUUAGCACAGAUGAAAGUUAAAACAAAGACAUUUAGCAAACUGUUAAAGCACACAAACUAUCCUUCAGGUCGUUAUCUUUGUAAUGUUUGUGUUUUUUAUUAAAAAGCACUCUGUUCUACGACAAGUAAACAAUCAGCCGGUUGGCCAUGUUGGAAAAACUAGUGAAUCAGAUGUUGCAACAACACGCAAUCUGAUUGGUCAGAAGUGGACACACAGUAUGUGAAACUUAAGAAAAAUCGACCAUGAUCAGAAAAAAUAAAUGCCGCAAUAUCGCAGGACGGGAAAACGUCGCUGAUGUGAACGCUUGAAUUGACAGGAUACGGGUUUGAAAAAAAAUAUUGAUGUCCCUAAUAAUCGCACGAUAAAAACAGUCCCGGUCUGAAAGGACCUUGAGUCAGCACUGCUCUGCACAUUCCUCUUCACGCUAGCUUGUGUAAUAGCAAAAGGAGCUAUUUAUCUCUUGGACACUAAUGUCUUUAGGGGCAUGAUCAAAGCUAAUAUCAUAAUUAGCUUUCUUCCGAUCAUCGCAAUCCGGUACUACACACGCUUGUUCUGUGAUUGUUGCGCGCUAAUUGCACUUUAAAAUAAAUUAUGUUUUACCUGAUUACUUGAUUAAUCGAUAUAAUAUUCUGUUGAAUACUCGAUUACUAAAAUAUUUGAUAGCUGCAGCCGUAAAUGAUGCUCCGCUGAGUAAAGUGACAUGAUUAUAUCUCAGUUCAUUAUUACACUUCAAGACAAUAGUCUAUCCGUAGCUUUAACUGGUCCAGAACGCUGCCGCCUGUAUUAUCACCAUCUAUCAGUCACAUCACACCUGUUCUCCGCCAACUUCACUGGCUUCCCAUCAAAUACCGCUUGGACUACAAAAUUCUGCUCCACACUAUUAAGGCCAUCCACAACCUCGCUCCUCCAUACCUCUUUGAACUCCUCAACAUCAACACUCCCACCCGGACUCUCAGGUCUGCCUCCUCCGGCCCGUCUGUCCACCAUGAGAUCCAGAGCCUUCAGCCGCGCUGCCCCCCGCCUUUGGAACUCCCUCCCCCUGACAUUAGGAACAUUGAGUCACUCUCCAUCUUUGAAUCCCAUCUCAACACUCAUUAUUUCACUCAGGCCUACUCAGACUAGCAUUUGAUGUUCUCCUGCAGAUUCCAGACUUACAACUUUUUUAUUUAAUACAUGGUUGUGUUGAUGUGUUUUUUAUUGAUUUUCCUAUUCUACUGAUGUGUCUUUUAAUUACUUUAUAAGGUGUCCUUGAGUACCCUGAAAGGCGCCCACUAAUAAAAUGUUUUAUUGUUAUUAUUUUUAUUGUCAUUAAUUAGUUAGCAACAACAUUAAUGCAGAAACAAUCAGCAUUUCACUAUGACAACAAGUAAGAUAACUGAUUAUUUGAAAGGAUUCAAUAACAAUGUAUGAUCUCAACAAAGUAACAGAUCUUGGUUCAGAACCUGGUUCAGGGUUCACACCAUAAAGCCAUGAAACAUAAAUGACUCACAUCUAAAGAGUGACAUUUUUUGUCCUCCCAGAAGUUUGACAGAAGGUUAUCGAUAAAUAGUUAUGAGAGACUGUGUCCUCCAGGUUCAUGCUAUGUGUUGCCUCUGAAAUUAGACAGAACUACAGAAAAAACACACUAUUUUUUACCUUGUCAGAGUAUAAAAGGUGAAUUCACUUAAUGUUCCACACUGCUAAAAAGUCUACAGCCAGUAUGGUUGUUGCGUUGAUGUUGACUCCAUGUUCAGUUUGUGAACUUAACGCAAACAUACAAUGUAAAUCCCCAUUUACAGUCUAAUAGAAAGAGUGUUGUGAUUGCAGUCAUGUUGAGUUAAAAAUUAUCUAAUUUUCUCUGAGAAGUUUCCCGAUAGAAAAUUUAUAUCGGGAAACAUGAGCUCUAUUGUUUCUAUCGCAGUGUCGCAAAAACACACUUUACGGCAGUGUUUUACAUCGUCGUGACGCUCCAUAUAUGGCAUGCCCACAUGCGCUACUGCCACUGUGAAAAACACAAACAAGCAUGGAGGAGCCGGGUGAUUGUGGCAAAAGAGAUGACAAUUCUCGUGCAUCAAACGCAGACGAGCCAACGCAGACGGAGGAGCUGCUGCCGAAAUGGGGGGCAACGUCGGUUGUGUGGUCGUGGUUUGGUUUCAAAAGGAGCGACACAGAGCAGACCGCUGUAGUUUGUAAAGUAUGUCACCGCCAUGUCGCUACAACUGACUCAAACACAACGAACCUCUUUUAUCAUUUGCGGAAAAACCAUGAAAAAGAAUAUGAUGAAAGGCAGCCUUUGAAGGCUGCUGCAGAGCUGCAGAAGCUAGCAGCCGAACAACAAGCAGCCCUCCCUCCAUCAGCUGCGCCUGCCGCUGCCAGAGAUCAGGAUGAGCCUGAGGUCAGUGAGGUGGUUCCUGCUAAGAAGCAAAAGAGAAGUUUGAGCAGUUACUUUAAAAAAGCAGAGAAGCCAACAGAAGUGCCCACCCCUCAGUCAAGCAGAGAAUACGCUGAAAAUGAGCUCAACUGCUAUCUCCAUAGCUAUGUGGAACAUGGUAAAGAAACAGAUCCACUUGCAUGGUGGAAGCAGCAUGAGAAGUGUUUUCCCCUAAUGGCCAAGCUAGCAAGGAAAUAUCUUUGCAUCCCUGCCACAAGUUGCACGUCAGACCGGGCUUUCAGUACAGCUGGGAACAUAGUGACAUGCCAUAGGGCAUCACUCAAACCAUCAAGAGUCAACCAGCUUGUAUUCCUAGCACUUAACCUGUAGAACAGUGAUUCUCAGAGUGGAUUCCAGGGAUUGUGGUUUCCUUUAGGGAGGUCUAAACUUUUUUGUUUUUGUUUUAUUUUCUUUGUUGACCCAUACAAGUCUGUAACCCUGACAGUUAUUAAAUGAAUGGGUCCAUUUGUACUGUCAGAGACUGAGUUGAGGGGAGACCUUGAAAUAUAAAUGUUUGAGAACCUGUAGAAGUCUGAGAUUCAGAAACACAAUGUAAACACUUUAUAAAAUUUGACAUUGUCAGAUAUUUUGUUCGGAUGUUUUCAUAUCCAUGCUACUUGAAGUAGUUUUGUAUUUUUUUUUGUAUACCUUGUAUAAUAUAUUGUGAACUUUUUGUACUUUAAACACUUUAAAGGGUUCCAUGUUUACAUUUGGUGUUUUGGAACCAAUAUUUAUUUUAAGAGCUGUUUGCUGCUAACAUUAAUGGCAAUGUUAAUCAAUACUGGAAUAAAACAUGACCUUGUCAUUUCCACUCAAAAUCCUUUCUACAUUACAUGCUGAUGUCAUGUGAAUGAGCUAGCCUAUGGAAUGUAUGGAUGUUCAUUUCAUUAUUAAACCUUGUGUAACUAAUUGUUGUUUACAAAAAUGUUGAAUUAUUGAAAGUGUUUUCAAUAUUUUUCAGAGGGUUCUAAUUAAAAGAAGUCUCGUUUAGUAACGUAACUUGUUGAAUAUAUAAUUUAAACUACAUUUCCACGUGGCAAUUUUAUAUAAACUAUGCAUCAGUUGAAUUAACAAAAAAUGUACUAUAUCGUGAUGUAUAUCGUAUCGGGAUAUAACAUGAGCUAUAUUGGGAUAUGACCAAAAUCUCAUAUCGUGCAGCCCUACUCUGGGCUCUAUUUUUGUUCCUCGCCGGCGGCAUGGCGUAGGCGCGGUGUAUGUCAGGUUCCCCGCGCCGACAAGGCAUGCCCAAGCACAUUUUGGUAUUUUGGUGAGCGGCGCAGCCCGAUGUAAGUAUCCCCCUCCCUAACACAGCUCCUCUCAGCGGCAUAAGUCGUAGAGAGGGAGGAAAGAAGACGUGGAGUGGGUUUAACACAGCCGAGACCUGUUUUCACCAAUCAGAUCAGCUCCUCUCCUCACCUUUAAAUCCGCCACCGGUGUGGCGUUUUACAAUUUCCGUGAAGGAGUCAAAGACAUCAAGAGAUGGCUGAAGACAGCAAUGCCACACGGUGGUGACAGAAGGCAUUCCCUCAACAAGUGUCGCUGUAAGCGCUGCAGAGGGUGUCCUGCACACUGUCUCAAAUAAGCACAGAUGGAUUUGGUGUGGUUAAUGUUGGACCCCCUGGUAAGACAUCUUAUGGCCCUGGGGGUCUAGUUUGACCUCAGCAAAUUUGGUGCCAAUCAAACCAAACAAGAUACAUUUGGCGUGACAUAUGCAAAUGGCCAAAAGGGGGUGAAAACAGCGGAAUAAAUCUUUAACCGCAUGUCUGAAGAAAAAAUUCAAGUGCCCAAAAUCAAAGAUCUCAUUAAGAUACACAUGCCUGUUAAAUUUUGGGCAGAUCUGACAAAGUCGACGUUCGUGGCACCCUUUAGGGGGCGCUAGUGAGCCAUUUUUUAAUCACUUUUUUUGGGGCUACUUUAAAACAUUGCGAUUUUCGCCGGCCUGACCCACCUGCAAAUUUUUGUGAGUUUUCGAGCCGUUCACGGUGUCAAAUUUGCAUUUUAAGACACGAAAAAAAAAUCAUAGAUAUAAUCGAGAACCCCUUGAAUUACAAUAGGGCUUCGCCGCAGAGCAGCGCUCUCAACUCAGGCCCUAAAUACAUGAAAUUUUUUUCAAAACGUGUUCUAUCAAGAAAAUUAUAUCACUACCGUAAUUAUUAUAAUAUCAUCCGCCUGCACUGCCCACAGUGCAUGAUUGACAUUGACUUAGUUUCAGAGACAUCAUUCUAAAACCUAUCGGACACUUAACAGACUCAUGCUGAGCCAAGCCUGUUUAACUAGUCCGUGUUUCUAUCUUGCUCUGGUCCUCUGUCUUCUCAAAGCACUUUAAUAUCACAUGUCACAUUCACCCAUUCACACCACAUUCACGCACUGACUGCAAAGGUUGCUAUGUAGAGUCCAUCAGUUUUUUUGACUUCUUACAUUCCCACACAGCCGCAGUGUCUUGCCCAAGGACACUUUGGCAUUUAGACGGGCCUGGGAUCAAACCCUCAACCUUAUGAUUAGGAGACAAACAACUCUACCACUGAGCUGCAGCUGCCCCUAAGCCCCUUUAUACAAAUCAGAUCAACUGUGCCUUUAAUAAUGCCAAACCCUCAACCUUAAUAUCUACAAAACUAAUCAGUUAAAAAUAAAUGCACCCUUUGUACAGAGUGUCCUGUGAGAGCCAUGAGGGAUAGAAGCCAAAAGCCUUUUUGAACAAGGCUGUAAACAUGUUUAUUUCUGCUCGAAAGUUGGGCUGUUUGAAUGAGUAUGCAAUUGGUGCAGAUUGCUUCUGUGGACAGCCUCUAGUGGACACUCCAGGAGCUGCAGUUUUAGCACCUCCACAUCAGCUUCACUUCUCAUUAGGGCCCGACCGAUAUGGAUUUUUUGGGGCCAAUGCCGAUACUGAUUAUUAUUAUAAAAUAAAAAUAUUUAUAUACUGUAGAUAUCUACAGUAAACUAUAUACCAGAAAAGCAUUUUCAACUACCCCUCACCCCCCGCCGAUCAGUGCCUCCGCGUCUUAACUCACGUUACCCAUUUCCGCUCCGGUCUCAUCUGGAGACAUGCAGCUGCCUCAGUAAGAGAAGAAGCUCAAUCACGUAAUGUGUACUGUUGUUUAUUCUACCGUUACUGGCACGGCUAACAGUGUAGCAAGAAUAAUAGCAGAUGGCUAACUCUAACUUUAGCUUGCAUAUUACAUCUAUCUGAUCUACUGGAUUAUCUACUGGAUAAGUCAAGGGAUCUUUUCAAAUGGCGGAACAUUUUCGAAGUGAAACCUAAUCUAAUUCUCUGCAUUUUAUUUCUGAAAAUAUCGGCGAAAAUCGGCAAGUUUUGGCCGAUUACAGAUUAGUCUCAAACAGGCUGAAAUUGGCCGAUUUAAUCGGUCGGGCCUUACUUCUCAUGACUUAGUGAGGGAGGUAUGGCUUGUUAAUACAGCAGCAGGACCCUCCACCCCCACCCCCUCACCCACACACACUGUACUGUUCUGCCCUGCCUACUGUGAAACUACAUUACACCACCUUCUUUCCUCCAUUCCUCCUCGUAAUGAGUCUACCUCACCAUUGCAUGACACAGCAAAGAAGAGGCAAAACAAGGACAGAAAAAUUCCGCCUUGAAAUGGCAGCAUGUAAGAGCCUAUUCAGUGUGCAGUUGGUUAUUUGCACAUCUCAGCACAAUCUAAUUGAACACAGCAGGGCUUUGUUAAACCAGUGAGGGAAGUGUUUGUCCUCCGAUAGAGAUAAAAUGAGUUGAACUGAGUGGUAGAAAACAGUAAGAGGAGUUAUUUUAUCCCCCAAAGCUGAGGACAUGGUUUAAAAAAGGCACAACUGCAUCACUAUAUGGAAGUGUUUAAAAUAUCUCAAACUGGAGGAGGUGUAAAUAAAGAGCUUCUGCAAUGUGUGUCAUAUUAGCACCCAGUAAUACAGGAAACACACAAACCUUUUCCAUCUCCUGAAAAAGUUACAUUUACUGGUUUAUUCCAUGACUUUAAAACACUGUGAGCUGACUACCUCCUGUUUGUUCUUAAUAGGGAUGAAACGUCUGCUGAUAGUUUGAUUUGUUUGUUUUUUUGUUGCAGUAACCCUCCAUAUGUUUUACAUGAUGUCAGGGACUCAUCACUGUUGGUGAUGGGUCACCCAUCACUGCUGUGUUGUCUGCAAACAUCACAGUUAAGGUCCUUACCAACCGGGACCGACGCAAAUAUCCAAUGCGAAAUUAUGAAAUAUUCGAAGGCGAAUUUUGACGCGCCUGACUAUACGCAUCAAGCCCGAUGCGAUUUUGCUACUUUCCGGGGUAAAAAAGACGUGUCCUGGGUGGAAGCGAGAAGACUGACACAACAGCAGACUGACUGUUUUUCAGUUCUGAUUAGACACUAGUGUUGAGAUGGCUGUCUGUCAUGAUAGCAUGUACUGAGUCGGGGCCAGUACCAGAUAAGCACAUUAAACUAUAAUCCAUAAACUUAAGGUAUCAACCGAGACCUAAUGGUGCUGUGACAGCAACGCCAUUGAGUUUGAGACAGUGAAAAUACAUAUGGUAUGUUGUAUCUGAACAGGUUAGCUUACGAGCUACAGUUACUUAGCACAGAUGAAAGUUAAAUCAAAGACGUUUAGCAAACUGUUAAAGCACACAAACUAUCCUUCAGGAUGUUAUCUUUGUAAUACUUGUGUCUUUUAUCAAAAAGCACUCUGUUCUCCGAUCAGCCAGUCGACCAUGUUGGAUAUACCGGUGAAUUAGACGUUGCAACAACACGCAAUCUGAUUGGUCAGAAGUGGACACACAGUAUGUGAAACUUUAGAAAAAUCGACCGUGAUCCGAGAAAAUAAAUGCCGCAAUAUCGCAGGACGGGAAAACGUCACUGAUGUGAAUGCUUGUAUUGACAGGAUACGGGUUCGAAAAAAAAUCUUGACGUCCGAAAUAAUUGCACAAUAAAAACGGUCCUGGUGUGAAAGGACCUUAAGACCGCUCUGGUGGUUUUAAGAGUAGUUAUACAUCAGCAGGAUGAAAAACGGUCAAGAGUGCAUGGAUUGGCCAGGCUAGGAUGAGAGCACCUUCCACUUGAUCAUACGAUCAUAAAUUACUAAAACUGGCCAAAUCCGCUGCUUUACUGUAGUUUUGUGAGUUUGAAUGACUGCUUACAGUUUUAACAUGAGCUUUUUCCCCAGAGUUCAAAUCAAGGUUUGAAUUCUUUGAUAAAAAUUGACAGCCAUUGUGUAAAUACGUUUUUCUUUUAUUAAUCCAGUUUGGAGUCAAGCUAUUCAGUCAUAAUUCAGUCAUAAUUUCACAGUUUAAUAUAAUAUAAUCUGCAGUGUAAACGAGUAAAAAUGAACAUGUUCAUUGAAUGGGCUCAUAUUUUCAUGAAUGGUGAACUGAACUGUUCAGUUUAUAACUGGUAAAAGGGAACAUGAGCGUUAGUUCACUCCUGGGGCUGUGAACUAACGCUACCAUUCAGAGGAGUGACUGCAGGUGCUGAGAGAUGCCGACAAUAGGACUAUCAAAAUCUUGUUUUUCCCUUUUAGAUUGGAGGUUGUUUUUUAUUUAGAAGUUCAUUUAUGGUGACUUUAUGCCUUGUUGCUUGUCAUUCAUCAGUCCAGUCCAGGAAACAGAAAUCCGGCCUCCAGUCUUCCAGGCCUCUGUGUGACCGUGGGUUCAAGUUUAGUGUCAUUUCUGUCUGUCUCUGAUAUCUUAACACUUUUCUCUCUGUCCCCCCACCUGUGAUUUCUUGUAGGCACAUACCAGGGUCAGUGGACUGGUGGGAUGCGUCAUGGUUAUGGUGUUCGUCAGAGUGUGCCUUAUGGUAUGGCCUCAGUCGUGCGCUCUCCUCUGCGGACCUCUCUGUCUUCUCUUCGCAGUGAGCAGAGUAACGGCACAGUGCUGCGUGACAGCCUGUCCGACAGCCCUGCUGGAACACGUGGAGGCUUCGUACUCAACUUCCACUCAGAAAGCGAAGGUUCGGAAAAGAAAAAGGGUCUCUUUCGCCGUGGCUCCCUCUUUGGGAGCCUUCAGCGACUGCGCAAAUCAGACUCCCGUUCUUCCAUUUCCAGUAAACGCAGCUCAGCGCACAGCGACACCACCAUGAGCCGCAUCAGCUCCAGCGACGCCAACUCCACCAUCAGCUUCGGAGAUGGUGACACAGGAGAUGACUUCUUGCCUUUGGAGGACAACGUGGAUGCCACCACUACUGAGUCCUACAUGGGCGAGUGGAAGAAUGACAAGCGCUGCGGCUUUGGUGUGUCUGAGAGAUCCAACGGCAUGAAGUACGAAGGCGAGUGGCUGAACAAUAAGCGCCAUGGCUACGGGUGCACCAUCUUCCCUGAUGGUACCAAGGAAGAGGGGAAGUACAAGAACAACGUGCUGGCCCGCGGCAUUAGGAAGCAACUGAUCCCGCUGAAAAACACCAAGACCAAACAGAAGGUGGACCGAGCCAUCGAGGGGGCUGUAAGAGCCGCAGCCAUUGCCAGAACCAAAGUGGAGAUUGCCAUCUCCAGGUAAGACAUCCUAUAUGAAGUCAUGAUGGACAGUCCAUGGGUCAUGCGUGUGUUUGUCUGCAACCAUUUUACCAGAAAGGUUCUGCCUUAAUAUUAGAGACAGGGAUGUAGAGGGGAAAGGUGGUUAAAAGAGCUGGUUGAUUCAUAGAUUUUAAUUUAGAUUAUGAUCCAGGGCCCUAAUUAUCAAAACAUGAUAAUUGAGACUGAAUGAUGAUUGUGCCCCCUGCUGUGUUGUUCCCUUAAAAGACGCAUUCAUACCAAGACUGUUUGGUUCGUUUUAAAAGGACCGUGGUCCCCUUACUCAUUUGCUCCAAGUGGUAUGAACACGCAAGCGAACCGUGGUCUGGAUCAAACAAACAGACCAUGGUCCUUUUCCAAAAUGCUGGACUCGGUCCCCUUCCAAAUGAACCAUGGUCCGGUCCAUGGCAGGUGUAAACAUAGUGCUAAUGCAGUCUGACUUUUUGUAUGUCAAUUUAAACCAAUAACACAUUUACACUGUAAUAAAAACCGGGAAAUUAUGCCCAGCUGGAGCCUGCAGCUGCCGGAGAACAACCGGUCAAAACACCGGACUGUCCGUAAAACUGGACGAAUGGCAGAGGGUUUGUGAUAUUAUAGUCAGGUGAUAUUAAAUAUCUGGGUGUUCUUCUGUUCAACAGACACACUGACAAUGUGUUAUCUAGGCAUUCCUUUGCAUUGAUGCCCAUCGUCUCCUCGCACAACAUCUCCGCCACCUCUGGUGAUUUGCAUGAAGCAAGAUGCCUAUUGUUCUUUCUGGUCGGCUACUUUCUAUGCGUUGUGAGACAAUGAAGAUUGUGCCCCAAAUGAGCAGUGACAGUGGUUUGCUUAGGAAAAGUCUGAUGUGACCAAAUGCAAAAUGCAACUAUGUAAACAUUUGGUCCCUGAUCCAGACCUUUUAAGCGGACUUUGGGUGAGAAAGGUCCCUAAGUCCUUCAUAGUCUUAAUUAGCACAACCUCCCUCUUCUACCUUAGGAACAAAGUGUGACCCUCCCCUCCCCUUAAACAGCGUUAACUUGUUUAGGCGCAACCAAACCUCACACAUACAGAAGCAUGGCGCGUCUUCUUAUUUAGUUCUAUUGGCAGGGUCAGGAUGCAUACUGCCCCCUAGUGUACCAGAGUUAAGGUCUUUUUUAAGGUCGUUUUUUUCGUGCGACUAUUUUGGACGUCAAUAUUCUUUUUCGAACCCAUAACCUGUCAAUACAAGCCUUCACAUCAGCGGCAUUUAUUUUCUCGGAUCACGGUCGAUUUUUCUACAGUUUCGCAUACUGUGUGUCCACUUCUGACCAAUCAGAUUUCGUGUUGUUGCGACGUCUGAUUCACCGGUAUAUCCGACAUGGCCGACCGGCUGAUUGUUUACAUGUUGAAGAACAGAAUGCUUUUUGAUAAAAAAAAACACAAACAUUACAAAGAUAACGACCUGAAGAACAACUUGUAGAGAGUCAUAGCGUCGGAUUUCUCAUAUGACGAUGGUUUGUGUGCUUUAACAGUUUGCUAAAUGUCUUUGUUUUAACUUUCAUCUGUACUAAGUAACUUUAGCUCGUAAGCUAACCUGUUCAGAUACAACAUACCAUUAGGUCGCGGUUGUUACCUUACGUUUAUGGAUUAUAGUUUAAUGUUCUUAUCUGGUACUGGCCCCGACUCAGUACAUGCUAUCAUGACAGACAGACAUCUCAACACUAGUGUCUAAUCAGAACUGAAAAACAGUCAGUCUGCUGUUGUGUCAGUCUUCUCACUUCCACCAGGGACGCAUCUUUUUCCCCCGGAAAGUUGAGAAAUCGCAUCGGGCUUGAUGUGUAUAGUCAGGCGCAUCAAAAUUCACCUCCGAAUAUUUUGUAAUUUCUUGUCAUAUAUUUGUGUUGGCCCUGGUGUGUAAGGACCGUUAGUUAUAUUCACAGACAGUUGAAGGUAGGAUCAAAGCAGAAAAAUCUAUUUGCGGCGGGCCACUUUAAAUGAAUGAAUGUGUGAGAAACACUGUGUUUUAAAAAGGGUUAAGAGUUUGAUGUAUUUAAGGGGUUUUCAGUUCCUUAGAUCUGUGUAAUACAGCAAUGUCUCCUGGUUUGGCUCAGAGUUGGUCUCUGUGGAGCAGUUCUUACCUCAUGAGCAGCAGCUGAUCUCUGAAGCCUGUCUGUAUAUGUUAUUGCCAGAGUGGCCGAGUACAGCAUAGAAGUGUUUCUGUGGUUUCACAGUAAAUAUGAAAAACUGUCAGGGGGUUUCUGCCUGUUCUAAACCAAGGAUAAAGUGUUUUUAAGCCAAAGACUGCACGAUAUAGUAAACGUGAACAAAACCACCAAGCCUGGUUUAAAGCCACAGUAGGGAAGCCUUCACUGCAGGAGCUUGGCCUUUACAGUCUGGGGUUUUGGAGCCAAGAGAGCCAUAUUUGCUAUGGAAAGAUAAGAAUCCCAGAUUUUAUUAUUUUAUUUAUUUUAGAGAGGCACAUAUUAGAUUUAUGCUCAUAUAAAAAAAUUUCAAACUCACUUUAGCUGAUACAAAUAUAGAUUUCAUUAAUUUGUAUUUUUGAGGUCUAACCCUUUUUCUCACAUUUUUGAGGAAAGUUCUGUGCUCUGCUCUGCACUCUCUAUAUUUACUGUUUUUUUUUUGUUAUUUACCAACCACUUCCCUGAAUGAGGGAGACUGUAAGCUACAGCCUCAGACGAUCAAAUCAUUAAAAAAAUAUAUUUUUGUUGCUUUAAGUUGUACCUUUCAGGCUUAUUGUGAAAGGACAAGACAGUAGGAAACAGGUCUGGGAAGAGAACAGAAAGUGACAAACAGAUACACUUUAUACAGUGUGAUGGUGUGUGUGACGCUGUGAGCUGCAGCCUGAAAACACCUGCUGAGAAAAUGUUAAAGAGGUGGUAUUGUGAAUUUUUUUCAGCCUCUAUACUUCCUUUUUGAUUCCACUCCAAUAGCUUUACAUGAUCUUCAGUUUAAAAAAAGCCUCUCUUAGUUUCUCACUCUUGUGUCUUAAAAUAUUUUAGUCUGUGUAUGUAAUGCUUUCUUAGCUGCUGUCUCUUUAAACCCAACAAAAUUUUGAAGAGGAGUUUACUGCUAUUUUGUAGGAUUUUAACAACAUGACAACAUUAUCUAAGUCUGGUAUAUACACCAAACAUUGUCACUUGGUGUGUAAGGACCUUUUCUAUCAAGUCCACUCGCUUCGUUUGACUGGCAUUAUUCCUCUGCUGGCUGCUCUGUGAACUGGUCUCUGUGAUCCAGCAGCAGUCCAGCUGUGUUAACCAGACAGUGUAAAUUGUCCCCUUCUUCUUUCACAGCUGUCAUCGCACAAUCAGAAACAUACGAAUAGCUACUUUCAAGCCUAAACUCAAAUCUUUUGCUGCGAAAUGGUUCAAGUGAGUACUGAUAAAAAAAAGUAAAUGUGAGACAAUAAAGUGUUUUUAUAUAAGAGUGGGGCUUUAAUUUAAUUUCACAAGCCUGUAAAAUGAAUCCUUUAGAUGUUAUAGCCUCAUACCAGGAAGGAAAACUACCACCUCUGGAUUACUGAAAGCAGUUACUGUAAGGCUCCCAAACACACCUUGAAUGUAAUUAUCGACUAAAGUGCAUGGUCACCUGAUGUCAACGCCGAUACCGCAGCUAUCCAUCAUGUUGUAGAAAUGUGAUGAAUGAGAGACGGGAAGAGUAUUUUUUAAUUAUUUAUUUGUUUAUUUAUAUUUUUUAAGUGACGUAUUUGAUGGACAGCCUCUGGUGAAUGCUUGAAGAACUGCAGUUUUUUUGCACUCCCACAUUGGCUUCCCUGCUCGACUUUGACCCAGGGUUUACUGUAGGCUUGUGGAGACCUGAUUUCAUCAUUUUAAACAACUUUCAUGCACAUAUCUGUGUUCGAAAAGCCACCAUCAGAGAUUUCAUUUGGGGUACAACACUUCUCACUGUAUUUAAUGGCAGAGGUAACCCUGUGAGAGGAGAAAAGUCAGAGAUUUCUGUGGACACUUUUCCUCAUUCAACGGGGAACUCAACAUUUAAACAUUUAAAAAGACUCUACAUCAAAUCAAAGCUGUGAAAUCACAUGAGAUUUUAAAAGAGCAGAAAGCAACAGUACAGUUUACAUCCUGUUCGUCUGGGUUACAGUAACACCCAGAGUCACUAAACAUCAUCAAGUGGUCAAAUAAACCGUUCUACCGACCUUCAUAGUUUCCCAAAGCAUUUCUGUCGGUCUAACUGGAUGAUCUUAACCUCUAGUCUCCUUCUUUUUUGUUAUUUUCUGUCUAUUUUUUAAACUAAUUUGUUUUCAGUCACGGUGGAGCACUCAGUGUGUUAGAUUUGGAAGAAAAGUGCAACAUCGAAAAAGCUUGACUGAUUUAGUGGAAAAAGUCAUAUUUACUAAUACCUAAAGGGAUUAUAUAUCACCUCUUCACUCCCUUUAAGAGCCUUGACUUAAUUUUGAUGAUUAUACUCACUACAGUAAGCACCAGAUUUAAAUAUAUUUCUACUUUGUUAUGAAUCUUGAAGGAUUUGAACUCUUUUGCCUCUUAAACUUGAUCACAGGCUGUAGAUCAAACAAAUCACUCAGACUCUACAAGCUUUUUGAAAACCUCUUUUAUACUGUGGAGACUUUGGCUUUUCUAUGAUUGUGAUUCCUAACCAUGUCUGCCACUUUUUAGUCUGCCCAACAUUUGUACAUUUGUAAACUAUCAUUUAGGCCUUGUGCACAUGUAGCUGGUUAUUGUCAUAAAUAUCCAAGCCCCUCUGUUUAACAAAAAAUAGUCAAGCACACACAUCAUCAUUUUAAAAUAAAAUCCCAUCCACACAAAACCACAUAAAUGUGCUAUUGACUGCGAUUACAAACAUGCCAGACCUGGAGUUGGUAGUAUUUGCCAAAAAGUUAGACCCAUUCUAUCCAAUCAGAGCAAGCCUCCCUUUCUUGCUCUACUUUCCCAAACAUGAAACAUGGUGUCAUGUUGUUUGUUCGUGUGGACUGACAAAGAGGUGGAAUUACUUUUAAGCAUCGUAUUGUAGACACAAGAAAGGUGGAGGAAGGGUUAUUUGGUUUAAGGUCUUUACACACCAGGGACGAUGCAAAUAUACGAUGCAAAAUUACAAAUUAUUCAGAAGCGAAUUUUGACGCGCCUGACUAUACACAUUGAGCGCGAUGCAAUUUUGCAACUUUCUGGGGCGAAAAAAGACGCGUCACGGGUGGAAGCGAGAAGACUGUCACAACAGCAGACUGACUGUUUUUCAGUUCUGAUUAGACACUAGUGUUGAGAUGUCUGUCUGUCAUGAUAGCAUGAACUGAGUCGGGGCCAGUACCAGACAAGCACAUUAUACUAUAAUCCAUAAAUGUAAGGUAACAACCGAGACCUAAUGAUGCUGUGACAGCAACGCCAUUGAGUAUGAGACAGUGAAAAUACAUAUGGUAUGUUGUAUCUGAACAGGUUAGCUUACGAGCUAAAGUUACUUAGCACAGAUGAAAGUUAAAACAAAGACGUUUAGCAAACUGUUAAAGCACACAAACUAUCGUCAUAUGAGAAAUCCGACGCUAUGACUCUCCACAAGUUGUCCUUCAGGUCGUCAUCUUUGUAAUGUUUGUGGGGUUUUUUAUCAAAAAGCACUCUGUUCUCUGACAUGUAAACGAUCAGCUGGUCAGCCAUGUUGGAUAUACCGGUGAAUCAGACGUCGCAACAACACGAAAUCUGAUUGGUCAGAAGUGGACACACAUUAUGCGAAACUUUGGAAAAAUAGACUGUGAUCUGAGAAAAUAAAUGCCGCUGAUGUGAACGCUUGUAUUGACAGGUUAUGGGUUCGAAAAAAAAUAUUGACGUCCCAAAUAGUCGCACGAAAAAAAUGGUCCUGGUGUGAAAGGACCUGUAGAAUAACUGACUACAAAGCACUAUUUCUAUUUUGCUCCUCACGAAUAUAAAUAUUCUGUAUAUAUCUGUGCCGUCCACUGCCUGACAUAAACAAGGACGCAUAGAACGGUUAUCUAUUGGUUGUCGCGGACAAUGAUGUUUGGGAAAUGAAACUCUGGUUAUCUAUGUCCACACGCAAAUGCAAAACCAGAGUUUUCCAAAAUCUUCACUUUGGCUGGAGUUUUCCAAAAGCACCAUUUUAAUGGCGCAAUCCUGGGCUUUCAUGUGGAUGAUAAAUACAUUUGUUUUAGCAAAUACCUACCUAGCUAUGUGUGGACAAGGCCUUAGACACACAUGGAUACUCACACCUGCCUCCUCUUGCUCCUCUCCCUGCUCUCCUCUCUCCUCCUGUUCCUUCUUCCUCCUCCUGAGGGUCAGACUGGACUGCUCCAGUUUUAAUGUUGAUGAAUUUUCUGGAGAGUGCUUGUGCACAAGUGCUGGCAUUUCUUUAUUUAGUGUGUGUGUGUGUGUGUGUGUGUGUGUGUGUGUGUGUGUGUGUGUGUGUGUGCGUGUGUGCGUCAGAAGUAGUGCUUGUCUAAAUAAGGCUGGGGAGGAGGACGCUUAUCAACAGCUGAAAGAAAUACAGGCUCACACACUCACUCACACAUAAACAGCUGAGUGUGUGCGAGCUCUGCUGACCUUUAAACAGCUUUUUGAAUGUUUCUGGUUUGUUGAUUGAUUGAUUGAUUUUUUUUAUUUUUAUAAAUACUCUGAUUGAGGUGAAGCCAUGCUGUCUGUUGCCAUGGGAACAGUUGGAAUUGUGUGUGUGUGUGUGUGUGUGUGUGUGUGUGUGUGUGUGUGUGUGUGUGUGUGUGUGUGUGUUUUUAAGUAUGUCAAGAUGAAAAAUUGUGAACCUGGUGUGUUAAAACACCCUAUGAAUAAUUUUUGUCCUAUUUCAAUCCAGUGUGUGUUUGGAUGAGUCAGAUUCUCACAGUCGGGGCUGAAGUGAUGAUAGUGAUUCAGUUUAAGGUUACAGAUAAAUCUGAUCUCUCUGUUUGUUCCUGUGAUGAUCAGAAUCAGAUCUGUCCACAGAGGAGACUCAGGCAGAGUCAGGCCUUUAUGCUGUAUGAUUGUGUAUAAAGUCAGUAAGGGUGAACAAGGAGAGAGCUCAGUUUGCUCUCUUUACCCUAGCCCUGUUUCUGUGUGAGCGUGAAAAUGCAACAGAUGAUGACUUAAAGGCAUGGUUGACGAUCUGAGAAGCAGUUGAAAAAAACUGAGCCGUUGAGGCAGAUAUGUAAAAAGCGUCAAACUCCCCACACACAAACCUCUCCCCUCUGUGCUCCACGAUAACUCCCCCUCAAACCUGUUUCACCCUCUCCUUGACACAUCCCCUCUGGCAGAGCAAGCAGCCAGCCGGCAGAAGAUCCAGCAGAGCUGGCAUUUACUGCCAGCUCUGCUAGCAAGCACCAUCUGCAGCUGUAUGGACAGCUACUGUGUUGACAUUGCAGAGACUACAGUGUUUCCCCUAGAAUUUUUUUCAGCUGUGGGUCGUUGUGACCCCCCCCCUUGCCGCUCCAGGAGCUACGCUGUUACAUUCACGUUACGUUACACAUGCUACUCGCUAUACAGACCGUGUAUGAGCUUAAAUGUUACCCUUCACAUUAGUGGAAGACGCUCUGACAGGAUUUGAUGUGCUCAUUGAUGACACAUAACAAGUCGAAAAUAACGUUGUGUUGUUGUGCUCACACAGCACAAGUAGAAAUUAUUAGUGCCGCAUUGAUAAUAAUGCUACGAAUGCUAUUAAUGCUACUUGCUAUAUAGACCAAGUAUAAGCUUGAAUGUUACGUUGAUUAACUUUGACCUAACUUAGCUUUAACUUCGGCCUAACUUGAUUAACUUUGACCUAACUUAACUUUAACUUUGGCCUAACUUGAUUAACUUUGACCUAACGCCUUAUAGACAUAACAGAAGAGGGUCCAACAAGAUUUGAUGCGCUCCUUUAUGACUCAUAACAAGUCGGAAAUAACGUUGUGUGUUGUUGUGCUCACACAGUGCAUGUAGAAUCAUUCAGCGGUGCGCCACUGCUGAAUGAAUGUAGGGGAAACACUGCUGAUACAUGUGAGUCCAAGGUAGAAUUAUAUAAGAUAAAAACUUUUUUUUUAUGUGUGGCGGCUUAUUUUAGCCGUGGCAGUGCGCCACGAUCAAUUGCAUGUAGGGGAAACCCUGGAGUAAUAAGAAUUAUUUAUGUAACGUGCCACCUGAGUGUGCAUACCUGAGUACUUAAAGUGUGUGGAUUUGGUGGCAAACUUGCCUGCAUCGUCCAGCCCACAGGCUAAUUUUAUUUUAUUUUAUUUUUUUCAUUAACAGAUGUAAACUUUGACCUAACUCCUUAGAGACAUGAUAGAAGAGAAUUAAAUUACUGUCUGCAGUUUCACCAAUCACUGACCACAGUCUGAUCAAACUGACAUAAUAGAAAUAAAAAGUUUGAGGAGAGGAAACCUGAUAGCAGAAAAUCCCACCCAGAGAUCUGCAGGAUGUCUGCAUUUUACUGACAAAUGAAUUCAGUGUAUGAUUGAAAUGUGUGACUGUGUGAGUCUGUUGUUCACUCACUCUGUGUGUAUUUGUGUGUGUGUGUUUGUAGGACGUCACACGCCCGGGCCAAAGGCGAGGCUGCAGACCAGGCUGCACAGUCGGCCAGUCAGGACUCAGAUAUCGCCCGAGCAGUCGCCCGAGAGUUGUCCCCCUCCUUCCACCAACCAGGUACGACAACAACACUAAUACACAACAACAUAAGCACCAGUCUGUGAUGGACAACCAACAUUUUCACAAAUCAGUUAAAAGAAAUCCUACAUUGAAGGGAUGUUGAUCAAUUUCAACGAAAUCUAAACUACAUAUAGUUGUGAAUUGUGCCUCAGUGACUCACUAACUAAUGACAGUGUCCAGGAUGCUGCAGUCUGGAGCUUCAUUCACUGCUUUCUGUAUGUUAUCAGUUUUUAGUUGUAACAUUUGUUAUUAUUCUGAAGUGAGUUAUUAGAGUAAAUGUGAUUUAAGGUCCUUACGUAUCGGGACUGUUUUUGUCUUGCGAUUAUUUCAGACGUCAAUAUUUUUUUCCAAACCCAUAUCCUGUCAAUAGAAGUGUUCACAUCAGCAACGUUUUCCCAUCCUGUGAUAUUGCGGCAUUUGUUUUUUCAGAUCACAGUCGAUUUUUCUAAAGUUUCAGACUGUGUGUCCACUUCUGACCAGUCAGAUUGCGUGUUGUUGCGACGUCUGAUUCACCGGUAUAUCCAACAUAUCUAACAUAUGCGACUGGCUAAUUGUUUACGUGUCAGAAACAGAGUGCUUUUUGAUAAAAGACACAAAUAUUACAAAGAUAACGACCUGAAGGACAACUUAUGGAGAGUCAUAGCAUUGGAUUUUUCAUAUGAGGAUAGUUUGUGAGCUUUAACAUUUUGCUAAACAUCUUUGUUUAUCUUUCAUCUGUGCUAACAUUAGCUAACAAUUGUUACCAUAGUUUCAUGUACUUACAGUAUCUGGUACUGGCCCCGACUCAGUACAUGUUAUCAUGACAGACAGACGUCUCAACACUUGUGUCUAAUCAGAACUGAAAACAAUCAGCAACCGUGGUACAGUUUCAGCUCCUUAACCAAGCAGUGAAACUCAUCAAGUUCUCUUCUUUUUUGUAAUAUUGGAUGCACCCAUGUGCUACAUUUAUUUUUCUUUUGAGAAAGCAAAAGGAGUACCAAUUCGCCAUCACUUUAAGUUGAAGUAGACUCCAUUUUUGUCUUCUCGCUUCCAGCCGGGAUGCUGUGUGUUGUUAAGGGAAGGUCCCACCCUCUUAGUCUCUGAUUGGCUAUAAGUGCUGACCAUUUGGCUUGAGCGUGUGAUGACGUUUUCAGCUUUUCUGGCCAGUCAGAGGCGAAGGAGGCAGGACUUUCCCCCAGAAAAGUCUUCCCUGGGAUGCAUCUUUUACCCCCCUGAAAGUCGCAAAAUCGCGUCCGGCUUCAUGUGUAUAGUCAGGCGCUACAAAUUCGCCUGAGAAUAUUUCGUGUUCUAUAUUCGUGUUGGUGUGUAAGGAUCUUUAUUCUGAAACUUUAUAAUGAAUGUGUGGCGUGACUGGUGUGUUUUGAGGACCGAGAAGCAGACACAGAGGCAGAUAUCAACAUAAGAUGUAAUUUUAAUGUCCAAACUCAGGUCAAAGGCAAAAAGAGGAAGUCCGAUAGGCUGGUUGGCUGGCUGUCGUGUGGGCUGGAGACACUGCAGGAAAAAUAGAGGAGAGGGAAAUGAGUAAACAUACAAUGAAUCAGGAACUGCAGAGUUACUGGUACAAAUUCACGAAAGGAGGCCAGGAGACGCGUCUGUACCACUGGGAAGUGAAGACAAUACUCAGGCGCUGAGACUGAGGGCUGCAGGCUUCUUAAAGUGCCUUGAUUGGAGAUGUGGAGCAGGUGUGUAGUCUCACUCAGCCUCAGCGACCGGGGGAGGGGAGGAAGCUCUGGAAGAGAAUAAAGCCAGACCAGGCAAACAAGGAAACACAGGAAGUCCAACUAAAAUAAAACAAGAGGAGGAGGCGUCUCACCACAGAAUGAACAAAAACAGUUUUGAUUUGACACUAUGAUAGUUUUUGUAACUGCUGAUCUUUAUGUGAAUGAGCUGAGCAGCAAUAAGCUGAUCCUAACUUCAAACCCUAAUUCACAUGAGAUGGCAGCCCCCCAUACCAGGCACAAACAGGGGGGUACUGAUACCCACCUCUCUAUUCUUAAGAGAAAGUAAACUAAAACAUAUUUUGUGCGCAAAAAAGAGCCACAUAUCUUACUAUCACUUCAGACUAUGAAACAGUGUAAACAUGCAUAUUCCAUUUUACAGAUAUCUUAUCAACACCACAGGGUUUCUUUAAACUUGUAUCUAACAUAAGUACAUAUAGAAUAUUUCAAGACUGAGGUCAUUUACCUCACUGUGAAUUUAAACUUGAGCUAUAAGAGCGAGAAGUGUGACGAGACGCCGCUACAGCUGUAGUCUACUGCACUUUGAAGACAGAGCUUUCGUAAAACUCAUGCCACGUUGAGGUGAAUACUUAGUCAAACUGGACAUGCUUCCUCCUGUGCUAACUGAGUCACCUUUUUUUUUUAAUCUUUGCAGCGGUUACUGCGUCACAAAUGAGGCAAUGUUCCCCUGACACAGCAGGUCCUGGCAGAUCAGUAGAGCUUUAUAUAGACUCCAAAAUCCUCACUGAGGUUAAACGAUAAAAGAUCUGUUACCAUCAGGAACAAAAAACUAAAUCCAUGAAUCUCAUCCAUGAAUCUGGAACAUGUUCUUAACCUGUACUUAAUUGUCAUAUUCAGUGAUUUAUCAGAGAUUUUCACAUCACAGAAACCAGAGUGUCCAUCUUAUCAGUGGUAAAGAAGAUUGUGACAGGAAGGUGUUCUAUAAAAACACAUCAUCCUCUUCGUAUUAUGCUCUGUCAUCCAUUCUCUAAUUUCACCAUGAGGUUCAUUUAGAUAUCCAGGCCCUGACUUUGUUUUCUGUUGUAUCUUAGUGUGUGUUCACAAACAAGUUUUGUUUGCUCACAUAUAUAGUACAGCCCAAAAGUUUGGACACACCUUCUCAUUCAAUGUCUUUUCUUUAUUUUUUAUAUGACUAUUUACAUUGUAGAUUAUCACUGAGGGCAACAAAACUAUGAAUGAACUUGUGGAAUUUUUUACUUAUUAAAAAAGUGUGAAAUAACUGAAAACAAGUUUUAUAUUCUAGUUUCUUUAAAAUAGCCACCCUUUGCUCUUGAUGACAGAAGUACUUAGUGACUGACUCUGUCAUUCACGAGGUAACCCUGACAAGACACAUCUGUGGAGUAAAAACCAUUUCAGGUGACUACCUCAUGAAGCUCAUUGAGAGAACAGCAAAAGUUUGCAGCGCUAUCAAAAAAGCAAAGGGUGACUACUUUGAGGAAUCUAAAAUAUAAAACAUGUUUUCAGUUAUUUCACACUUUUUUCUUAAGCACGAUUGCACAUGUGUUCAUUCAUAGUUUUGAUGCCUUCACUAAGAAUCUACAAUUUAAAUAGUAAUGAGAAUAAAGAAAAUGCAUUGAAUGAGAAGGUGUGUCCAAACUUUUGACCUGUACUGUAGACUCUUUGGUUUCACUUAGGGCCCGACCGAUAUGGAUUUUUUUGGGCCAAUGCCGAUACCUAAUUUUAGGGGGGAAAAAUUUUGAUGACCGAUCAAUCAGCCGAUUUUAAAUUUUUUUUAUGAAGUUCUAAAAGAUAUGUAUAUACUGUAGAUAUCUGCUCUUCACGCCGACAGGUAGCCUGACUGACCAAACUCAGACCAGUGCCUCCACGUCUUAACUCACGUUACUCAUUUCCGGUCCGGUCUCAUCUGGAGACACGCAGCUGCCUCAGUUAGAGAAGUAGCUUUAUCGCGUAUUGUGUACUGUUGUUUAUUCUGGCACGGCUAACAGUGUAGCAAGGCUAAUAGCAGAUGGCUAACUCUAACUUUAGCUUGCAUAUUACAUGGUGCUUCACCGUUAAGCACAGCGGGGAACAUCGUGAAGUGGGUUGAACUGAAACUUGUUCACUUCACUAUCCCCUUUCCAAACAUCACAACUAGUGUUUUGAAAUGUUUACUAAAAAUAUGAUUCUGUCAACCUCUGUGUGUUCCAGGCCCUGACUACAUUCGACAGAAGUACAACGAGCCGGUGGAGGUGAAGGAGGUAGUGGAGGAGAAGGAGAAGUCUCCAUCAGGAAGUCCUCAUUUCUACAGGAAAGGUACAACGCCUAGCCAGUCCCCCUCUGAGAGUCCAGGAGCCAGCCCCCCUCCCUCACCCUCAGCCGCAAAAUUGUCCUUUUUCAGCAGUAAAACUCCAGCCAGCACCGCCCCUGCUGUCAAAGAGAACAAACCCCCCACAGCUGAGUCCCUGACGGCAGGUAGGACAUGAAGUGAACAUAUUACUGUUUAAUAAGAACUGUACUUCAUAUCUGACUAACACAGUGAAACAUCCAUUAGCAGCUUAACAAGAUUCAGCUCAUGGUUUAAUAACCAGCAGAGUGAACACAUGAUUCAUCUGACAGAGAGUUAGAGCAGCACGACCAGGACAAACAAGAACUUAUCUGGUUUAUAGGCCUGUGAGCUACAUGGAGCGAGAAGACUGCAGACGACUUCUGAGGAAAAGUCUGUCUCUGGUUUGUUUUCGGGACUGAAAAAUGAAGCCAGUUGUGAAAAGCCUUUGCUCUUUUGUUUCACUAAACUCAAGUCAUCAUCACCACUGUUAACAUAAUAAACCUGAAAACUCCUAAAGUGCACCACUUUAGAAAUAUGACAUGAAAAGUUGCACACAGCAGUGAAUGGGUCCUCUGUGUUUGUCUACUAUAGUGUCUUUAUCAGACAAGAAAAUAGUCUAAAAGGCUCUGAGUUUUGAUGUGUUGGGAAUACAACAUAAAGUGUGAAGUACUUGCGUAAGUAUCAUCCCACAUCAUGGCAAACUCAGUUCAUGCCUCUUUGGUCAGGUGGUCCUUUAAUGCCAAAGCAGCAGUGGUAUAUACAGUAGAUAUUUGCAGAAAGGACCUGUUUUCUAUCAAGUUAAAGGUAGUUGAACUCUAUGGUUAAAUUGCAGGACACCACACCAAAGAGGCCAAUUAACCUAACCCCACUUCUGCAUGUUUUUGGGAUGUGGGAGGAAACCGGAGUACCUGGAGUAAACCCACGCAGACACAGGGAGAACAUGCAAACUCCACACAGAAACGCCCUGACCCGGAUUCGAACCCAGGACCUUCUUGCUGUGAGACGACACUGCUCAACAUAUCCAUACCAAAAAAAAAACAGAUCAAUCCACACUCUGGGUUGGUGGUUUGAUCUUCCUUUACUUCUUUGUAGCUGGGCAAAGAAACUGAACCUCCAAACCACCCACUGCUCCUCAGACAAGAGGAGGAUUUGCUCCUGGGACGAUCUAUCAUCACUUUGGUUAACUGCUUGUCUUCUGCUUUCUUCUGCAGGAAUCACAAAGGCAGCAUCUAAACUGUCUCUCAAACAGGAAGUGAGACAACAGGAAGUGAGACAACAGGAGGCGCCUGCUGCUGUCAAACCAGCUGUUUCCACGACCACCACCACCAGUUACCCCAGCAACGGGCAGAUUCACUCUCAGUACCAUGGUUACUAUGUCAUGGCCGAUGUCAAGGCCCCACCACCGGAAGACGCAAUCGGUUUGGAGGAAGACUUCCACCCGUCAAGUCUUGCACGCCUGCCACCACCUGCCAAACAGAUUCUGGCACCAGCACCGAAACCCUUGCCAGCCCGGAGCCCCUCACCGGCUCCCCCCAAAGAGUCUGCCAAAGCUCCAGAGUCUGCCAAGCCAAAACGACAGGAAUCAACCAAACCAAAGAGCCUCGCAGAAACCAAGAAAGCUAGCAUGGAGAUAGCUCCUGAAAUAAUAGAAGAAGAGUCGGUGAGUGAGACUGCAUUGCAAAGAUUUGCUCUAGAUUUAAACCUGAAGAGUAGAGCACAUCUACAUGUCUUACAGGGGUCUCUGACUGUUCUGUCCUACUGGUUUGAAGUUUUAAAACCAAAGGCAUCAUGACUAGUUUGGAGAUCUGGUUCAGAAAAAUCCACUCAGCUCAGGCAGGGAUUAAACCCAUGAACUGGUUCAGGUAAUGCUGGAAGACUUCAGCCUGUUCCAGUCUGUGAACUACCUUCCUCUUUGAUGGUGCAACAUCCAUUGAAGUGGUUCAAUGGUUUAUGACUAUUGAGAAUCAAAAGAUGUUUUGGGCCUUUAAUGGCUGAUGAUACUGAGCUCACACAGGUGACCCUGAGUUCAGUGCUGUUCUGGACAUUCAGAUAAUGCAUUGCAAAUGGUACUGAGAAAUCUAGACAGGUCAAAAUACCAGUUCGCUCCAUAUUUUUUAGUUUAGUUGCAAGCUUUUGUCAAGGGCUGUGAAUUUCAAUCAUUUUAGCUUUCAUUCUGCCAGCCUGGGACAACAUCGAGAAUCUUUGCAUGAUUAGCAGUUCUAAAAACUCCUUAUCGUUCCUUGACUGGUGUCCCUGAAAACUCUAAUUCCAGCUCUAUUCAGCAUUUAUCUGAAACGCUGCAUUUUGGCUAACUUUAUACUGAUAGAGUGUUACUUUUUACACAGCUUUGUAAUCAUCAAACAACCUAAGGUUUCUUUUGGAAAACAUCUGACCUGAGCUGGUGGUGCCCACAUCAGCUGACUGUUAAGCUAUGUUAUCAUACAUUAUAGUCCCAUUAUCUCCUUUGUGAUAUGUCCUCAAGCUUGUGGCUCUGAGCUUCAUGAAGGUCUUCACAGAUAAACAGCUCCAGUUUUCAGUAACAGCUGAGACUCAAGUCCGGCUUGUAUUUGUCUUUAUUUACAAAGGAGUCCUCAGUGAAGUGGCCAGCACUAACAGCUUUGGUUCCCUCUGUCUUCUUGAGCCUUCGUCUUUGAGAAGAGAAAAUAGCUGAGACUUUCCUUCAUGACCAAAAUAAGAGUGAAACUCUCAGAGACAGACUGAACCAACAUAGAGAAGAGAAGAGGAGGAAGAGGAGCAGGAAAUCAGACUAUAUAGCUUUUGGGUGGAUGUGUCCUCUACUAUCAUCCUAAUAUUGUGGACACAUGUCACAUCAUUUAGAAAUCUGUAAAACUCACCUGUAGAUGACAUCCUUUUUCUCACAUUAUAUUUCUCUAACUUUGCAGUGGGUUAAUAUUGACAUCCAGCACUCAUUAGUUAGCUAAAAAAGAGAUAAUUAAAAGCGGAGAGCAUCUCUUAUGGUGGAGUCAGUCUGGAGGUGGAGAGAGAUGCUAAUCAUGCCUAAAUGAAUUCAUUUGAACCCAUCAUAAACUUUGAUCAUAAAUAAGAACUAACAAGUCUUUCUUGUGUCUUCUUCACAGGGCCCUAACUCUAUCUUGGUGGUCUUGGUGAUGUUGUUGAAUGUAGGUCUAGCUAUCAUUUUUGUCCAUUUCCUCACCUGACCAAAUCUUAACUCAGGUAAGAAUUGAUAUCAUUGUUAUCACUCGUAUUAGAUCAUUUGGUUUUUUUUUUAAUCCAAUCCUGCUUUUGAUGAAACUGAAAUAGUAUUGGUGCUUUAUAUGUGAAUGGUUCAAUGUUAAGAAUAGUUCACUGUAAUGCUCCAGAUCUCCGGACUGAAUCUCUGAAUGCAUAAUUUCUCUGUGUAGAUUUCUUUAGAAAAUAGAAAUGCGUCUCCUAAUUUAGUAAAGGUGGCAUUUUCAAUCUGACAAGAAGCCUUUUCUACAGCUGGAAUGACAUCUACUGGACCUCUUAAGGUCCUUACACACCAGGACCGAUGCAAAUAUACAACGUGAAAUUAUGAAAUAUUCGGAGGCAAGUUUUGACGCGCCUGACUAUACACAUCAAGCGCGAUGUAAUUUUGCGACUUUCGGGGGGGAAAAAAGACGCAUCCCGGGUGGAAGUGAGAAGACUGAAACAACAGACUUACUGUUUUUAAGUUCUGAUUAGACACUAGUGUUGAGAUGGCUGUCUGUCAUGAUAGCAUGUACUGAUUCGGGGCCAGUACCAGAUAAGAUAGAGAUAGAGUAGAAUGGGUGCGGAUGGUGCAAUAACGGCUCAGGGUAGAAGCCGUUUUUCAGUCUGUGAGUUUCUCCUUGAGGAACAGUUCAAGCAGAUGGUGGCCAGGAUGGGGUGAGUCUCUGAGUAUGCUUCGGGCUCUUUAGAGACAGUGUGCAUUAGAAAUGAACUCAAAAGAGUGAGUUUCUGGGCAGAGUGUAUGACCCUGGGAGCACUUUCUUUUCAGCAGCAGUGCAACUGGCGAACCAGAGCGUGAUGCUGUAGUACAGCACUGACUCGAUGGAGCAGCGAUAGAGGGACACCGACAGACUCUUCACCAAGUCAGUCUCUGUUGGGGCUUUGUCAGGAGUAUGACUCUAAAACAGGUUGUAAGGACUGGUGGAGGUGGAGACUGAAGGUUAUGCCAUAUUUCCACAUGAAAGUUUAAUGUGGCCUCAAAGUCAGAUAACUUGACACAGGAACAAAAGGAGUUUGGAACAGGACUGCUGGGUGUAAGACAAAUAACAGCUCCUCUGUCUGGAGGUCAAAACACUGAAUAUCGUCUCCAUUAGAUCAAUCCAGUAUUGUGUUGAAGCCAAUAUCUUUGGUUUAACACACAGAUUAUUAAAACACAAUACAAACCAUUGAAGGCACACUGACUUCAGACAGAAGACACCCUAAAUAGUCACCUCCGACUGAGGUGUCUCCCAGCAGAAAUGACAGUGAUGGACGGAGACAAAUGACUCUAUUUUAAAACCCUGGUCAUCUUCUCUUUUUAGAACAACAGAAUUUGAUUUAGAAACAGAGAAAACACAACAAAUCAGAUGUUAAAGCUGAAAAACUUAAUUGGUUAUAUAUUGCUUAUUGGUUAUAUAUUGGUUAUAUUUUAUUUAUAUAUAUUUGUUUUUUAAUUUGAUAUCAGCAACAUGUUUGUAAAAGGUUAUUAGAGAAACAACCAAACAGGUAAAAAGUAGGGCUGAUUUAAAAAAAAAAAAUUAUGAAGUUAUAUAUAUACAGUAGAUAUCUACAGUAGAUAUCUACUGUAUAUUGUAUACUGUACAUAUACUGUUGGCUACUGCUCUUCACGCCGACAGGAAGACCGACUGAUCAAACUUGGUGCAUCCGCGUCUUAACUCACAUUACCCAUUUCCGGUCCGGUCUCAUCUGGAGACAUGCAGCUGCCUCAGAAAGAGAAGUAGCUCGAUCAAGUAAUGUGUGCUGUUGUUUAUUCUACCAUUACUGACACGGCUAACAGUGUAGCAAGGCUAAUAGCAGAUGGCUAACUCUUGCAUAUUACAUGGUGCUUCACCAUUAACUCGGCGUGACCGAGACCAGCACAGCGGGAAACAUUGUGAAGUGGGUUGAUCUGAAACUUGUUGACUUAUUGUGUAUUUCACAAACUGGUUUAUUUACCAUUGAGGUGGACCACUCUCCUCUGUGCGUCCCUGUGAGGUAGUUAGUGGAUGAAGAUUGUCAUGAGGUCGCUGCGCCAUCUACAGGAUAAGUCGGGGAUCUUUUCAAAUGGCGAAACAUUUUCGAAGUGAAACCGAAUCUUAUUUUUCGCAUUUUUUUCUGAAUAUAUCAGCGAAAAUUGGCAAGUUUUGGCUGAUUACCGAUUAGUCUCAAACGGGCUAAAAUUGGCCGAUUUAAUCGGUUCGCCGAUAAAUCGGUCGGGCCCUAGUAAAAAGUUUUGUGAUGCUAAAAAAAAAAAAAAAGCUGGAGGAACAUCUCCAACUGAUGAGGUUAGUCACAUGACUUGGUAUAAAAGGGCAUUCAGAGAGGCUGAGUCUCUCAGAAGGAAAGAUGGGAAGAAGUCCACCACUCUGUGAGAGACUGUGUGAGCUAAUAGAUCAGCAGUUUCAGAAUAAUGUUCCUGAGAGUCAAAUGUGAAAGAAUGAGUGGGUUUUAUCAUCCAUAGAACAUCAUAUCAUUAAAGAUUCUGAUAAUCUAGAGAAAUCUCUGUACUAAAGGAACAAAGACCAAAAUCAAGACUGGAUGGUCCUGAUCCGUAUCCUCAGACCCUCAGCCUGCAUUAUAAACACUCAGGACUCUGUAGUGGGAACCACUGCAUGAACCUCCAAAAAUAUAUGAAUCCAGUUCAUCACUGCAACCACAAAUGAAGUUAAAACUGAACCAUGCAAAAAGAAAACCAGAUAUAAACAUAAUCCAGAAACACCAGAGACUUCUCUGAACCUGAGUCCAUUUGAGCUGGAAUGAGGUGAAGAGGAAAACCGUCCCAUGGUCCGACCAAUCAAAGUCUGACAUUGUUUCUGAAAAUAUUGGAUCCAGUUCAUCCAAGAAUGAGAGUGACCACCUGGCUUGUUCUCAGCUCUCAGUUCAAAGCCAGCAUCCCUGAUCGUAUUAGAGGUGUUUAUGACAUGGACGGCUUACACAAUAGUGAGGUGAACACGUCCCUGUACCUUUUUUUGAAACAUGUUGCUGUAAUCAAAUCCAUAUUGGCAAACAUGUUCAGUGUCGACUUUGGAUUUGUUGUCUUUGAACAGUGGUUCUCAAGUCCAGUCCUCGAGGCCCACUGUCCUGCAUGUUUUGGAUGUUUCCCUGCUCCAACACACCUGAUUCAAAUGAUCAGCUCGUUAUUAAGCCAUUGCAGAGCUUGAUAACGAGCUGAUCAUUUGAAUCAGGUGUGUUGGAGCAGGGAAACAUCCAAAACAUGCAGGACAGUGGGCCUCGAGGACUGGACUUGAGAACCACUGUCUUUGAAUAUUGAUACAGUUUUCAAACCAUUAAAAUCUAAUUUCAUUUUUUUUUCAGUAACACUUGACUCCGUGUUUUUGGGAUGGGGUUGUUCCUGUAUUUACUGGGUAGUUUUUUACAUGUCUGCAAACAGAGUAUCUGAUGCGUUAUGCAGAAAGACUGUCCCUAAUCCUGAACUUUUCUUACCUUGCAGUGGACUCAUCCAAACUAGGAGUCGCUAACUCUCCGUCAGCCAAAGGGGCCUUUUCAAAUAUGCCGCCAGUCAGAACGGCAGACACCAGCAGGACGCAGGAUUGAAAAUAGACGGAUGAAGGAGGAGGAGGAGGAGGAGGAGAUGGAGAUGUGAAGGGAGAUAACAGAAUGAGCAAAGAGAAGGUGAAAAAGCAGAGACAGAGAAAGAUGAAACCUGCACCACCACCCUCUCACCCCCCGGGUGUCUGAGUUGGACCUGAUUGGACUGGCGAUGAUUUGUGACUCCACUCAGAGUGCAGUGACAGCUGAAGCAGGCAGUGGCUGUUUAGAAUGGGCCCCCCAAGCCCCUCCACCAUGGUUAGAAAUAACAGGAGGCCUGCAGAGGAGAGUGAAUGGGAGUGAGUGUAAGACCUGGCAUCUGUAAUGCCCAUAAAUGCCUGUAAUGUGUGUGUGUGUAUGUAUGUUUGUGUGUGUGUGUCUGUGUGUGUGUGAUCAUCCAACUGUUCAGCUCGUUUGGAAGCUUUGAAAUGCUGCAAUAAAAAGCUUGUGCGUCGUCCAGCUGAGUGAAAGAAUAUUUGUUUCCUAACGAGGAGAGACAGCGCUGAUUCUUGAGAAGAUGGUACCGAUCCUCAGGUCCAUGUUCGCGGGUUGCAUGAUCCUUUCAUUUAGCUUCAACAUAAGGAACACAUGCACAAUCUGAUAAGUUGCAUAAAACCUUUUGAACUGUGGUGCACUUUAAUUGAGCUGCUCAGCAGGUCAGUCACACCAAUCAAUGCCUUCCCGCUGCCAUCUGCUGCACGCCACGUCCAUCAAACACCACUCUGCUCCAUGACCAGAUCUGAACCAACCGAGGACCUUCACUGAAUCUCUGUUUCUUUUCUCUUACAUAAAAAUCCAGCAGAGCUGUUUGGACAGAGGCCAGCACAGUGUGCAUAUUUUAGUGUGUUUAACAUUCACAUAAGUGUGUGUGAGUGUGGUUGGGCAGCGGGGGGUGCUCCGGAUCUGUUCGCAGAUGCACUUUGAGCUGAUGGAUGCCAGCAGCUGCCUUACCGUUUUACAGAGUGACGUGUUGGUGGGUGAGAAGGGCCGGGGCAGGAAUGUGAAGCGCUCGGCUGUUCUCCCUCUGUCAUGUCCUGGGAGAGCGGCGCUAUUUAUACCCGUCUGUCUAUCGAUCUGUUCAGAUCUGUUUUUAUCUCACUGCUCGCUGCUUCACACACCACAUAGGCCGGCUUUUUAUUCCAGAAGAACAGAACAGAGUCACAUUAAGAAAACCAACCUCUGAUUUAAAGGUUCAUGAAAAGAACAGGACUUUUUAUGGGUACAGGAGGUGUAAUGUUUUUUUUUUAAAAGCUAAAAUUCUUUCUUUUUAAUAAAGUCAGCCUUCUUUUAGUGUGACUCACACUUAGGUUAGAUAUAAAAGUUAGCAUAUUUAGAAACACUCCCUCUCAGCUCUCUCUCCUUUGACUAAACCUAACGCUUUGAGCACUUUAAACAGGAACACUACUGUUAGUCCCAUGUUCAGCCAGCUUUACACUUCUCUGUCAACAGUCAGGAGCAACAGAGUCUGCUCUACCCCGCCCAAACACUAAUCGGUAGUGUGAUUUCUAUGCUGGUCAUACCUUCAGUUUCUGGAUCCACUUUGCUCUUGGCCUGUUUACACACAGAAACUUUGAACCUGAGCAAAGCAUGUCAGAGAUGGAGAAUUGUGGAUAUAUGGUUGCUGAAUUAGUGUGGACAGAGUUCGGAGAUGCCUUUGCGCUUGCUGUGUAUGUUUCGACUCUGCUGACCAAUCAUGGGGGUUAUUGUCUGCAUUACUCCGGCGUGUACCUACAGUUAUAAGGAGGUACAUUUCAGGAAUUUGCAUGGGUACAGGGAUACACGUAGGAGCAUAGAUAUGAUGCAGAAGUAUAGAUCGGGCCUAAAUCUGAUUAAAUACUGUAUAUAUAUAUAUAUAUAUAUAUAUAUAUAUAUAUAUAUAUAUAUAUAUAUAUUAUAUAUUAUAUUAUUAUAUAUAUGUAUAUGUAUAUAUAUAUAUAUAUAUAUAUAUAUAUAUAUAUAUGUAUGUAUAUGUAUAUAUAUGUAUAUAUAUAUAUAUAUAUAUAUAUGUGUGUGUUUUCUCCCCCCUGAUUCAAAUGAUCAGCUCGUUAUUAAGCCAUUACAGAGCUUGAUAACGAGCUGAUCAUUUGAAUCAGGUGUGUUGGAGCAGGGAAACAUCCAAAACAUGCAGGACAGUGGGCCUCGAGGACUGGACUUGAGAACCACUGAUUCAGAGGAUCACAUAAAAAUGUGUGGCCCUUGUUUGGAGGUAAAGUAAACAGUGUGGUCAUCUUUAAGUUUGCAGCUCUGAGUUAAGUUUAAGUUCUGAAGUUGUGUUUAGUGUGCGAGUCACACCUGGGGGAAGAUAGUCAACUCGACUCGAGUAAUCCCGACGUAACUGUUCUCACUGACCCUGGCUGAGGAGGUCAUACUGAACAGUCCCAUAGAGCCAAUUAUCAAUCAACCCAGAGUUACUCUGAGCAUGUUCUCAGAAAGGGGCCGGGGUUAGACUCGUGACCAAUCACAGUCACAGAUUCAACGCAUUUUUCAAACAGAGCAAACUGAGGUCAAAGCUCCUGUGACGAGUGUUCUUGACUUGUAUAAAACAGACUGAGAUUUAUAUUAAUGCUUUUCAUGAUCAAGGCCAUCAGGGACAAGGUGGGCCAAUUUUCAUCCUUAAAACUGGUGUGAGCACUACUUAAGAGUAUAGAAGAUACUCAUACACAAUGAGUAAGAGAUGAAUUUUUAGACGCCUGUCUGCGUCUGUAUGUUGGCUAUGUACGAUUAUCCUAAACGUCACCUAUAGCUCAGGUGUUCAGCCUGAGUGCCGCAGGAAGAAGUGAGCCACCUCCAUCGUACUGAAAAGACUGCUGUCAGUUCACGGAUAUGUCGGCCUAAAAAUCAUCAGCUAAAUAUUUCCUCUCUUUGCUGUGAGCUGAUGUUUACGGGGUCCUCUGCUGAAGGACUGCAGUCAUCUUCAGCAGUCAGAGUGAGGAAGACGAGUGCCGUUUGGAGUAAAUCACAGUAGUUCUCUGUAUAUGUUGAUAUUUUUAUGACAUUGAUUACUUUAACUUGGAACGUUUAAAAUUUGCAGUGCUCUAAGUACAGAAAAAUUAUGUGAAGUAGAGAGAAAACUGAGUGCUGGUGAUGAAUAUUAUUUAUUGAUUGAUCUGUUUGUACGUUUGGUGAUUAUACUGAAUAACAGGAUAGCUGCAGUGAGCAACACGCUCUCAUGAUUGAUGUAAAAACUACAGAUACUGUAGAUAUGCUUUAUUCGUGCUUUGUCUUUUAUGACUCAUUUGAAUGCAGAUUUAGGGGUCAGGAAAAAAUUAGGGUGAGAAUCUUUUUUUUUUUUGUAAAUACAGGCUGUGUGAGGCUAGUUUUCAGAGAGUUUGAUUGUCUUGAUUUUCUCUGAUGAUUUUUUCUAUUUGAAGUGAGUGAUUUCUGUUUUUUCAGCUGUGUUGAAUUUAACUGAUUGAUUGAUCGUUGACUAAUAUGCAUGAUGACAUGUCGGAUUUAUUUUUGUGUUUGGAUUAAGUUUACAGAUUUGGACUCAAUGUGGAGUUUACUUUGGGAGAAGACAAAGUCUAGUUUUAAAGGUGUUUCCACAAUGGGGCGUUAGGUUGUGAUUGUGGUGCAGAGUUUGGAUAUCAGAGUAAAGUUUUCUGCAAAGUUUGAGUGUCUUUGUGUAGGUUAGGCUGCAGGGAGUUACAUUUACAGAGUGAAACGUCCAGAUUUCUUGUUGAGUUUGUAGUGUCAGCCUGAAAUGCUGCUGUUUGGGUUGUAUUGUUUGUUAAUAAGAAAGAAGUGAAUCAAAGGCUCAUCACCCUUUGUAAAGGACCGUGAGAACCAUGAGACCAUCCCCUUGAUUCUGAUAGAAAAAUAAAUAAAUAAAAAACCUCAAGGUAUAUCAGUAGUUCCCUUUAAUAAAUAACAUUGAAUCAAACAGAGAUAGGAGCUCAUGUUUAUUUCAAUCUGCUGCAGAUUUCACCCUGUUGGCUGGAGUAACUGAUUUAAACACAAACAUACAUGGGAGUUAUAUGAGCUGUUAUUCAUCUUUACUAAUUCUUUAGAUCAGUGGUUAUUAACUGGUCUCACUAUGGGACCCACAUUUUCCCAUGGUCCUUAAGUCGCAACCCACUUUUAUAGAAUUCAAACCAAGUAAAUUAAUCAUUUUAAUUAAAAAAAACCUUUAAAGACUCUAAUCUGUAACAUAAAUCCACUUGAUUUAUUGAGUGAAGUGCCUUUCAGAGCACAUGAAGGGGACAACAUGAGGACGACAACUACUGAAGUUGCGUGUACAGCAAAUUUUGAAUAUCUAUUAAAAAUAUCGCAUUAAAUAUUUACUUUUUUGACCGGCUGUUCGUGACCCAUCCAGAACGUGUCCGUGACCCACUUUUGGGUCGGGACCCACCAGUUGAAAACCACUGCUUUAGAUAUUAGGAAACUAAUGGAAACAUUACCUGGAAAGAUGAGUAAGUAAUAUAUACUGUGACUCUGCAAAGGUUUUUCUUUUUGUUUUUUCUUUUUUUUUUAACAUGAGAAAGAAAACUAUUUAAUUGUGGUAAAUGGUGUAAAAUGAACAAAAUCACAGUUUGAAUUUCAUUUAAAUUCAAGAUGAUUUUCUGUCUCUUUUACAAGUAAAAAUACUGCAGAUAUGUUUGAAAUUAUGUAAGAAUCACUGCUCACAUACUCCCAUCCAUCCUUUAUACCGUCAGAAAGUGUGUCCACUAGAGGGCACCUGACAAGUCAAAAAGUAAGAAAAAUAAAUAAAUAAAUAAAAACAAUGAGUGUGGUUUUGACCUGCUCUUUUUUGGAAAGCAUCUUGGGCUAACGACUGUUGUGAUUUGGCGCUAUAUAAAUAAAAUUUGAUUUGAUUGAUUGCUUGAAUUUGAAAAAGUGAGGAAGGUGUCGAUUCUGUUGAAACAAAGAUGUGCCACUGGUUAAGUAACAUCAUUAACAACAUAUUUACGGUUUCUAGCCAACAUACACGGUCUGUUCCAGGUGCUAGUGACCCCCCCCCCCAAAAAAAGGUGCAAAAUUUGAUGUUUGUUGAAAGUAGGAGUAUUAUUUUAAUCCUGGUUUUCAAUCCAAUUGAAGCAGAAAGUGACCUUUUGAUGAGUGAAUGAAGUACGACAAUAAUGGUGCUUUUGAUGUGUGUAGAGCAGAGUUAUUUUUUAGUAUUAUAUUUAUUAUUGAAGGAAAGUUGAAUUUAUUUGGCAGGAAGAACAGAUUGAUAGAGUCGACCUGAACUUGAUGGUUUGUCUUUAGUUUUUGUUGGAGGACAGGCAGAGUGAGCAGAGAAGGUGAUGUGUUGGUUAUAUUUUCAGCUAUGUGCGUUAACAGAGUGGGAGGAGGAAGGAAGUCCUGGGUUAGAGGGUUAAAGAUAAUCUGAACUGUAUGUGUCUUUUAAUAUACUGUUGUAAAAUCAGAGCUGGGCACACAACUGUUGCUCCAUGAAGCCUUAAACAUUAAUACACAGAUGUUAUUUGAAAACAGUUAUCAAAUCAUUCACUUCCUCCCACCACCAGUGACCUCCGAACUCAUUGCUUUGAAGUAAUCUGUGGAUUUUUGGAGAUGAUAUGAUUGAAUCUGUUACUGGUCUUGGAUUAUGAGUUCCCGUACGGAGCAUCAUAACUGGUUGUUAAUGUUAAUUCAAACAGAGUCGACAGACUGACAUCAAUGUUGACAUCUCUGAUAAAGUUACAUUUCUGAUCAGCUGUGGGUGAAACCAGUCCGGUCUCAGCGCUGCCUGCAGUAGACUCCCUCUAAAAGAACAUGUCUCAGGAUGUCAAAACAGAACAACAGGGAUAAAUGCAUCUGUUUCAGUGACUUUACUAAAGCACCGCAGAUGUGUUUGUGCAAAUCCUUCAGCUCAACUUGAACUUUGACCAGACUGUGAGCAUGCGGCAGGGCUGACCUGAACAUUACAGACGAGCUCUGUUAUAAUCAAAGCACAAAUAGGUGCAUACAUUAAUUAAACACAGAUUGAUGUCAGUCAUGAAUCUUUUUUUUUUUAUCUUGUAUUUUUCUACUUAAGGAAAAAAGUCUCCAAAUAGUAUUUUCCCAAAGUCUGUCACAGUGACUCUCCUCAGGUCAAGUGUUUGCAUCAGGACAAACAGAUGCAAACACUCAUUGUUAAAAAAAGAAAACUUUUCUAAGUUGUUUUAUAUUCUCACUCAAAGACAAACAGACCUAUGAUUGAAUAUGAUCAUUGAAAUCAACAUCAUGAUGUGCUUAUUUCAUAAAAACAUCAUGAAGACGUGUCGAUGAUGGUGAAAUUACAGCCAAAUCUAUUUAUUACCAUUAAUCACAGUGAAAAAGUGUCUUCAAAACAUGCUUAAAGUCCGUCCACUGUCAUAAAGUCUCAGGAAUAAUGUAUAGAUGGUUUUAAAAUUCCAGUUUAAAUCUUUUAAUUAUCAUCAUAACUCACUAAAGAUUUGAUAAUGAUUGUGAAAUUACAGUCAAACUGUUUGUAGAUGUCAGAAAACAAUAAAAAUAUGUUGAUCAUUACAGGUCACAGAAAAAAAUGGGUCACUGUGGUUGACUUGGUAAAAAUCUGGUUGACUCCAUACAAUGACUGUAUACUUUGAUGGAUUCUCAUUUCAACUCGGUAAAAAUGGGGUAACAGUUGAUUUAAUGGGGAUUUAAAUUGCUCAUUGUCUUUAAAUCAGACGAAAAAUCUGUAGUUGGUCAAGAGACCAUGAUAGAAAUCUGUCUGCCAUCAUUAAGUUACAGUUAAAACCAGUUAGAUCCUGCUUAAAUCCAGCGUCUGUCUCACAACCAAUCAGGUUGGGGGAAAAGGAGAAUGGCUUUGUUUACAGUCAGAAAGAGCGGGACGCUCAAAAAAUGUAAACUGUUGACUACACAGACAUAACCAAACACAGCGAUAUCAUUAUAUCCUCAAAUGUCAUCAAUAACUAAUAACUAUUGACUGGUAUUAAAAGCUUUUUUGUAUAAACGCCACAAAAAAAAAAAGAUGCUUUUUUCACAGAUUCCUGCCUACCCUACCUUUAAGUCUAUAAAGUUUGCAGUCUGAUGAGGCUCCAGCUCUGAUCAGUAUCUGUUGUCCAUUGACGUUGACUUUUUCGUGCUGACGGUCCUCCUCAAACUAGAGCAUUUCUCAGUAUUUUGGGCUUUGAACCCUCAGCACAGUAAGACCCUCAUCUUACUCAGCCCUUUGUUGGUAAUACUGCCCUCUUCAUCACACUGCUACGCUUGUCAAUGUCACAUGUUGAUUAUGAACCAAUCAGAAUCAAGAAGUGGGCAGACUUUAGACAUCAACUUUGUCAACGACAGUGGUGGAUGUCCUUUUACACGAAGAAAAACAAAACUGCGGCUGAUGUCCAUGGGGUUUCUUUCUGCUGUUUUUAUGAUUUCUCUUUCACUGGAAAUUUUGACUGCAAACCAUGACUUCACCUAACAAACCAACACUAUUCCUGAUCUGAACACUCACCUGCUCAAGUCGGGUUCAGGUAUGAGGAUGAAGUAAUAAGGUUGAUGAUGUAAGAGGAAGACUGAGAGGAGAAAGGGGUGGAGGAUGAUAGUUUGAAUAAUGUUUUUAAGGAGUUGAAGGAUUCUCAUCAGAAAAGUCUUUAAUUUAUUUAUUUUAUUGUUUUAAAAUUUUAAUCAUUGGCUGUAACCUGCUCAUCAGCUCAGCUUUAGGAAAAAAAAAACAGGUGAUGUUUUAUUAGAUGAGUGAAUGAAAUAAUCUCUUUAAACUGGAUUGUACAGGUUAGUUUCUGUUGGUUCUGCCUGAUGUGCCACAGUCUUUCUUGUUUUUCUGCAGGACGAUGGAUGAGUACUAACGUGUAAAACCUUCUCUUUGUAUGAUGUUUGAUCUUUAAGGCUCUUUAAAGCCUGUUUUUUUAAACUCUUCAGGAAUGUCUUUGGAAUAUCUGGUCUGACUGCACAUGUUAUCUAAGACUUACCUUACAGGACAGCUUCGUUGUAUUUUGACCGUUGUUUCUAUGAAGAUGAAUUAAAAAUGUGGGUUUACUUUAAGUCUUGCAUGGUGUGGUUUUUGUCCAACAUGUAUAUAAAAACCUAUACUACCAAUAAAAACACUGACUUUACUAAA